AUGGAGAACAAUGUGGCAUGGUACCGUAUUGAACCAAACUGCUGUUGGCCAGACGUGGCUUGUGAGAUGCUGUUAACAAAUGUCACUCUUGGUUUUGAAUGCAGUGAUCUUUCACAUAACCACCUGAGCAUAGUCCGAAGAGAGGAGCUUGCUGGGUACCCCAACAUCCAAGCAUUGUAAGUGAAUUCCUGCACAAAACUCCUCCAGCAUAGUACUGCAAAUCACUUGCCACGCCAUCCCUAUUUGUGAAAUCCCAAGAUUACUGUCCCCAUUCCAACUGUGUGAAUAUGGGGAUUAUAAAUACCCAAGAAAUGUCAAUAUGCACCAAAAAACCCACUUUCCUUUUCAGCUUCUAUAAUCCAGGGUGCCUAGGCUGUUGCUUUCCAGAUGUUGUUGGAUUAUUAUCCCUGAACAUCGGUCGCACUGGCUGAGGCUCAGGGAAACAGCUGGUGGGGAGAUUGGCUCAGUGCAGGUGCUGGUUCAUUCACACUACGCCAACCUCCCCACUGCCACACCCCUUCCCUCUGGGGGCUCCUGCUGGGGCUGAUAGAAGUCCAGUAAUACCUGGAGGGCUACAGGUUCCACGCGCCUACUUAUAAUAGUAAAGUCCAAACUGUAGAGUUUGAAAUGAACUUGGUAGGUUUGCAAUCAUAGAAAUGAUUUUCCAAUUUAGUCUUAAUUACAAAAGCUGGUGGCUAGCAGAAUGUCUAAAUUCUGGUUGUUAGUAGUUUGUUAAGGGUUGCUGGGAAUUGUAACUCUGUGCAGGACAAACUACAGUGCCUAGAAUUAUUUGAGGUGGGGGGGGAAUGUGCUUUAAAGGCACUGUGUGUACGCAGUCGUAGUACAGUGGUACCUCGGGUUACAUACGCUUCAGGUUACAUACGCUUCAGGUUGCAGACUCCGCUAACCCAGAAAUAGUGCUUCAGGUUAAGAACUUUGCUUCAGGAUGAGAACAGAAAUCGUGCUCCGGUGGCGCAGUGACAGCGGGAGGCCCCAUUAGCUAAAGUGGUGCUUCAGGUUAAGAACAGUUUCAGGUUAAGUACGGACUUCCGGAAUGAAUUAAGUACUUAACCCGAAGUACCACUGUAACUCUCUUUUGGAGUUUACUGCACCAAUAGACAGGCCUUGAAGUUUUCUGAUUACCCUUCCGUUAUCAUCAUGUUGCUUCUUGCUGAUGGACACUAUCCUUGGACCUUGUAAUUUCUUCCAACAUUUCUUUGUGGUCUCAAUUCUGCAGGGACCUGAGCUUCAACUGCAUCCACACCAUUGAGGAGGGAGCCUUCCACUACCUGGGCAAACUGAGGACUCUGUAUGUACCAUUAUCUGGCACGAUCUCUUCUAUGAAUCUUCCCCCUUUACAUACCCCUCACACCCUGCCUAAAAACCGCAUGCGGAAACCCUUUGGCCUGCCAGAUAAUGGCCAAUGACCAGGUAUGAUGGGAGCCAGCCACAUCUGGAAAGCUAUUGGUUCCCUGGUGAUGUCAUUACAGAAAGAUGUCAAGGAGAUUUGUUCCCUUAUUAGUAGUUGCCUUGAUAGGUUUAGCUCAGUGGUGAGGAGCUUGUGGUCAUCCAGGUAUUGUUGGACACCGGUCCCAUCACUCCUAGCCAGCAGGGCCAGUGGUCCAUGGUGAAGGGAGUUGCAGUCUAACAACAUUAGCCACGCAUAAGAGGAAGGUAUCUUCAGGCUCAGGGGAAGCCCAAGGUCUGCAGAAGUACAAAAAAUGGAAUGGGGUAUUUUGGGAAAAGGGCAACGCUUUUGAACAGUAGCAUUCCAUGUGCUGCAGCUUUUUGUUGCUGGUGUCACUUGUACCUACGGAACAGCAAACAUAUAUUCAUCUUGAUAUAGCCCAUUGUUUCAAAAGCUUUGAACAGAGACUUGGUAGUGCCCUGUUCAAAGGUGGAGAUCUUGCUUUCUUUUCCAUUUUAGGGUAGAGGAUUUCUCUAGGCCCACCAGGGGCACUUGGGUCUCACCCCACAUUUAGAUAUUGUUAAAAGGAAUAUUAGCAAAUGGCAAACUGAUCUACUAAACGGAAAUCCACAAGCGAGUGGACUUAUUGAAGAUUUGGGGCUUUGGUACGAACAUGAUCAUUUAUCCUUAGACAGCAGUCACUGAAUGCAUCUCACCUACUGAAUUAUUUACACAGACAAAGUAAACACAGAGAAUUUCUGAUUGCUUUAAACAAUGAUCUGUUGAAAUGGUGUGGAAGUUAAAGAGCAGAGUUAAUGUGCUGGCCAUCGCUCUCUUUGGGGGGGUAUGUGUGUUUUGUGGCAGCGGGUUUUCCGUACAGCCUGAGAGAGGUGACUGACUUUCUUGCCCAAAUGCCUUCCCCUUCUUCCUGACAGCAACCUCAUCUCCAACAGUUUCACAUAUGACUGUUCCUUACGCUGGUUGAUGACGUGGGCACAAGAGAGGCACGUUCUCGUAAGCAACACAGAAUUGCUCCGAUGCGUCCCGGAAGCCACUUCUGGCAGCGCCAAACCACUGGAUCUCUUAUCACUGACCCGCAGUGAGUAAAAUAGCUUUUUGGCCAGCCAGAUAGAAGCGUUUGUUGUCACCUUCAAUGCUUUUUCUUCUUCUUUCACCUCGGGGCCCUGUUGAGCGUCUCAGGUGUGCCUUAUGGAUGUAGCUGUGGUAGGAAUCCAUCUAAUAUGUGAUUGUUGGGAGUUCCCACCCCACCGACUGCUGGUGAAGGGAGUUUUGUUUCAUCCAAAGCCCUGCAUGUCAGUAGCUUUCUUCCUCUCCUCUGUAAAAGCCAACACCGUGGUUAGACGUGCACUGUUAGUCUAUCAGAUGUUUGCCUACUCUCACAAAAUCUGCAUUGUAAAAUAAACCAAAACAAAACAAGCUACUGACAAAAGCUGUGGUCCUGGUGAGGAACCUGGUGCCCUCUGAAUCUUGUUGUACUCAAACUCCCAUCAGCCUCAGACAGAAUGGCCAAUGGGCAAGGAUGAUGGGAGUUGUCGUUGUCGUUCAGCGGCCUCUGUUAGGGCAGAGGUUCCCCAGUUCCACUACAGAGACUCAAACUGGAAAUGACUGUUGUUCAAGGCAGCUCUAUCUACACUACAUAUUUAUAUCAGUUUCAUAUCACUUUGCCCAAAGAAUCCUGGAGCUGGAGUCUGGUUGAGGUUGCGGACAGCUCUGUUGGACUCCUGGCCUUCUACUUCAGGAGAAAACCUAGCUCAGUAGUACAGUACGCUAAUAUCAAAAGCAGCUUGCCUCAAUAUCCAUUGCUGGCAAUCACAAGCAGGAGCAUGCUUUUGUGCUCAGGUCCCACUUCUGGGCUUCCCAAAGGCAUUUGACGGGCUACUGCAAGGACAGAAUGUUGCUUCUGGACUGAUUCAGCAGGACUCUGCUUGCGUCUGCAUCCAUCUCAGUGUUCACUCUGCAAAAUGGGGAGAGCUUUCUUGCCUGUUUUGCUGGAAUAGUUUGUAAAGUGUAAACAAACAAAGCUGUGCAAACCGAAACAGAAACAGAGUUUUUCAAGCAUUUGUCCAUAAGUGGUUCAAACGUUUACCGUGAGUUUUCUCUUCCUCCCUUCCCAGCUGUUGAUUUUAUGUCCUGUGUGAAGGACACCCUGACCAGGAGUGAUGCAGUCCUGCACUAUUCUUUCCUUUCAACUGGUACCCACACCCAGAAGUCCUGCCUUGAACUCUGCUAUAGCAAAGGGUACACCUAUUACGCCAUGGACUUUUUGGAUCGUUGCCUAUGUGGAUCUCUAGGUAGCGAAGCAGAGGUGGACUGUGGGAAGGUGUGCUCCAAUGAAAUCCAGAGCCAAGUGUGUAAUAAAACAGUCAUCCAUGCUGCAUACCCAAUUCAGGUAAUGGAAUCAGUUCUAAUAGCAUUUCUGCCCAAUUUUGUGUUUGGGAAUUGUGGUUAGGAAAUCCAGCUCAUUACUUCCCUACAAGAAUGGGGAAUCUGUGUCCCUCCAGAUGUUGUUGGACUCCAGGAUAGCCUAGUGGUCAGGAAAUGAUGGGAGCUGUAGUCCAGCAACAUCUGGAGGGUCACAGGUUAGCUACCCCUUCUUUACUAAGUGAUGCUGAUGAUGAGCAGAUUCUUGGCAGAGCACAUCCUUUGUCUACAACAGGUUCAAUCCCUGUCAUCUCAGACAAGAGAAAUGGGACCUUGGUGACCUUGAGUUGCUGCCAAUCAGACAUGACAAAACUAGGCUUGAUGGGCUAGUGGUCUCUGACUCAGCAACUUCACAUAUUCACACCAGAUGGUGAGGGAAUUUCUAGAGGGUUUGUAAAGGGUCCUGGGAAAUGGAAGCCGUCCCUGCCAGUGAUGGAAAAUAAUAAGAGCCAGUGGUGAGGGGCAAAUGCCACUUUAAAACUGGCAGUGCAAGCUCAAGUUCUAAAACAGCUCCUUUUCCUUGAUCUCCAUAAACAUAAGCUGGACACCUUGUCUCUCCCAAACCCAGUCACUGAUUUUAGAGGUUAGAGCAGGGGCUUCCAAAUUGUGCUUUGUUCAGAUGGUCCACAGUGUGUUUGUACUGAUUUGUGGCUGAAGAUGGGAGAUGGUUCAUUCAGAACAUUAAAUACUCAUGUUUUUUAUUGUUUCUUUUAUUUAUUAAUUAUAUUUUAUUUUAUUAUAUUAUAUUGCACUUUGUAAAUUUAAAACUCAUUGCUGGAUCAUUACUGGGAGUUUAAUUUUUUUGAAAAAUUAAGUAGGCCAUGCAAGACUAUAAACAGUCCAUGCGUGUUCUGGAAUGCCUGGUCUUCAAAAGUGUCUUUGAGUCUUUAAUUGCUGCAGACAUUUGACAAAUAUGCUUCAUCCAAAACAGGACUUCUGUACCUUUUGUUGCUGCAGUACUAUGAGAACAGUUACAGUUAAUGCACAGCACCCUUUUGAUCUGGAUCUCCUCUUCAUACUACCCAAAAUGUUAUCAUUUGCACGGCCUCUAGCUGAGUGCUGUACAAGCUGCAGGAAUUAGGAAUAACCUGAUGUUAUUAAUGAGUGAGGGACAUUACCCCCUUCUCAUGAAAUUAUACCUGCAUCCUAUUUAUGCUUUGGGUUGGAGGAAGGGAAAUUAAACCUGAGCCAAACCUUCCUACCUGCUCUUUCUGUUUAGGUGAAACUCUCAUUCACCACACGGCAACAGCAUGGGCAACUUGUUGGAUUCGUUGCUAAUUGCUCACUGCCUGGCAUUCUGUACAUCUGGGACUUUGGAGAUGGAGGUGAUGGAGGUCUCAGCACCACAAACCCAAGAGUGUUGCAUGUGUAUCUUCCUGGUACCUAUAUGGUGAAGGUUGAGGCCCUGACUGCUGGAAAGAGUCUGUUCCACAGAGCUACUAUUCAUGUGGUCUUGCCCGUGAAAGCAGUAAUCCUUAAGUGUCCAAAGGUUGUGGUAAGACACCAGAACAACAUAGACAUCUGGAUCCAUGUCCAAGAAGGUACUGAUCUGUCUGUCAUCUGGAGAAUGAAGGAUCCAGGAGGCCAGGAACUUCUUGGUGAGAUAAGUGGUGCUGCAGAGAGAUGUCUAUCUGUGUCCCACUUGGGUGGGUGGGGAAGCUGGCCAUUAUUUUGAGUCAAAGGUAGACUUAAGCAUGGAUGCUUUAAGUAGCAUGCCAUCUCCUCCAUCCUGGUGGGCCGGAUUCUGGCUUACCCCACCUUCAGCGGGCUCUUUUGACAGGAGGGUGAGACCUGUCCACUUGUUAAUCACCUGUCAUCACUAUCUGAUGUCAAUUGUGGGGCAGGAGGGUGUGGUUGGGGGUGGGGGUGGGAAUGGCCUCCUGGGCCAAACUGGGACCUAUGUCAGGCCUAACUAAGCCUGCAAGCUGAAGGUUCCCUACUCCUGUGGAAGAGGAAGACCAUGGUAUGUUUGUCAAGGGUGUAUUUUUGAAUAAAGCUUCCAAGGUAUUACAAUUUUGGUACCAACCUCAAGGGAAGUGUUCUCCUAAAUGUUAUGCAAAGUUGGAAGCUGUCGAAAAUGGAGAUCAGAGCAAAUAAGUAGUAUAUGGCCCCUAACAAAAGGUGCAGGAUUUAUGGUGGAGACAAUCUGAAGUGGAUCAAGGUUAUUUAGGUGUGGAUAAGGGAGGAGCUGGAGUUAAGGGAUGUGGAAGAUGAAAGCUGGCUUAAAGUGGCUCCACCAAACCUCUGGAAUCUCGCAGGAUCUGAAGCAUGUCUGUGAGAGAAACUGACCUUGCGGGAAGAGAGGUUAUUGCAAGCAUGAUGGGGACACCUGGACUUCAUGUUAGGAUAUUAGGAAAGUGGAAGGAAGAGGGACAAGGCAGCAGAGCAGAGGCUCUAGAGAAAGCGAACUUGUCAGUGUGCAGAAGGCUGAAGGGGAACAGCAGAUGUGUAACCAGGGAGACUAGGGGGCAGCUAGAAAAAAGGCAUUUUCCCCCCUGGGAGAGAGAGAGAGAGAGUUGUAGAGCAGCAGAGCCCUUAUAAAAAGACCAGAGAGGCAGGAAGCCAGGGAAGCAGCGCGAGGCAGCCAGCAAUAUCGGCCAUUGAUCUCAGAAGGCACACAGCACUGUCGGGUCCGUCUGAUGCUAUGAGUGUGAGAGGGGUCACUCUUAAGGUUGCCAUUGUCUCAGCCUGGAUGCUGUGAUGGUGGACAGAAGGUGAGAAGUCAGCUGCUAACCUCACCUAGAGCUGCAGCUGGGAUGCUGCUGAGGAUGGCAUCCCAGGGAUUUCGACCAUGGUGGCUAUUGUUCCUGCUGCUGGGCAAAGGGGACACAGGUAGGCGAAGCAGUGUUUCUACAAAGUGGGAGUUCUGUGUUGGAAAAGCAUAGCUGCAGUGGGAUGACAAGGCUAGAUCUCUUAGCAUGUGUCAGUCAAUUUUCAGCAUGAUUUAACCACCCUUCUGUUCACUAGAUCAGGAUGGUUAGAAGGGGUCGUUUUGGUUAGGAAUGGCGGACUUUGCGCUUUAAAGCAAUCACCAACCCAUUUUGACUAUGGAAAAAUGCUCCAGGCAAAUUAUUCUUAAAGAAAAGAGAAGGAUUCAUGCAAAACUCAUGCACGCAUGCUCAAACUAAUUCCCGUCAAGAAGCACUAAAAAGAGUGGAGAAUCCAUCCUUAAAAUACACAAGGCAUGGUUAAUGCAGCUGUUUUGUACACAUUUCAGAGAUCAUACUCUAAAGAGCAGAACUCUGAAGCUGAUCUUUGUUAGUAUUUGUCAGAAGAGGGUGAGGAGGUAUUAUCAGUCUGAAUGAAUUAGCCACAAUUAAAAGACAUUGUGUGGAUGCUCCUUGUAGAUGUAAGGAAAGGCUGAGCAUCCUUGUCUGUCAGGCCCAAAACUUUGCUUUCUGUGUGUACCUUUAAGAAGCUUCUUUGACAUGGUCAGCAGUAGCACUGCCAUGUUUCUUAACGCCCUGGUUAAGCAAUUGGGAGUUGGUCAUGUGCAUGUGUGCUCCAUCCUCUUCCCAGACUUAACCAUGGUUCAGUGUUAGAUCAGCAUUGAUGCUGGUCCCAAUUAAUAGCACUAUUCAGGUUCCCCCUUAGGGAGGGCGUGUAAAUUUACUUCAAACCCUGAUUUCAAAUCUUUUUUUAAAACCCACCCAACCAUCCAAUCCAAUAUGUUUACCUGAGAGUAGGUCUCAUUGAACGUAAUAGCUCUUAUUUCUGAGUGGACACACAUAGGCCUGCACUGUUAAUGCUUCUUCUCUUGAGACAGCUACCCACCGUAGAAUACCUGUUUAUAAACCACCCUCUUCCCCUUCUUGUUUGGAAAAAGAUGGCAGAAACUGAAAGCCAGGCUCCAUAGAAACAGUAACAAAGUUUACUGGGCAGCAUUUGGGAGGGCUGAAAGACCCAAACAAAGCCCUUCUCUGGACACCUGAAUGCCAGCACCUAAAGGAGAGCUGUGGGGAGCCUUUAAAAAUUGAUUUGUAUAGUUGGGAGGAUUUAUGGGGUCAGCAACGGAUCAGACUUUGUUUAGGGUUGUCACGACAACGAGUUUUUCAAGCGGGCUGCCAACUAGCCUCCUGUUGUUGCCAAGAUAGUUGGGUUUGUGAGGAAAAGUGUGUGUCCAUUAUACAAAAACAAUUAUUAACGAAGGGUUGUAACUUCUUCUUUAAACUUUUUUUUUAAAAAUCCUGCAUGCAUUCUUAGGGAUGGGAUAUUGGUGCUCAGGCUUGGUGUUGCCAGAUCUGCUUUCUGCAGAUUACAAUUCCAAACAUGGGCUCUGUCAAGGGCUCCUUUCGUUCUGAAGGACCUCAUGAUAUAGCUUCCGCUUAAGGAUAGCUCAGUUGGUUAGAGUGUGGUGCUGAUAACACCAAGGUUGCCGGUUCGAUCCCUGCAUGAGACUGCAGCAUAUUCAGCUUGGAUUAGAUGAUCCUCAGGGUCAUUUUCCAACUCUAUAAUUCUAUGAAUCUAUAACGCCUGUGUAGGAUGGAAUUAAUUGCUCCUACCAAAAUCAAAAUGGUGUUUGUAGCAAUGGGUCUUAAAUCAGAGAUGACUAAUUUAUUUUAUUGUUUUCAACGGCUGAGUUGUAACCUACUUUAGCUGUCUUGGGGGCCUAGGUUUUGCUAUCAAUAUGGUCUCGCAUUAGAAAUCUCUAUUCCAAUACUGUAUAUAAUAUUAAAACAAAUACCCUUGUCAUACUAUAUUAGAUGUUCUUCACCAACAGAAAGAAAAAGCCCAACUUUUUAUUUUAUUUAAAAAAAUGCUUAUAGCAUUAAAAACACGUGAGGCUUCUGCAGUUCAAGACAGCAUGUUCUGGUGUUCUCUUAAGCUUGAGUGGUUGUUGUUGUUGUUUUAAUUCAGAUACUUCCUCUUGCCCACGAGGUGGACAAAUCAAUUUGCAGAACUUGAACUGUUACUGGCUUGGUGGGACAAAGGAGACAUGGCAGGAUGCCAGGACGCUCUGCCAGGGUGUGCCUGGAGGAGACCUGGUGGUGGUGAGGUCCCUGGAGGUACAGAGCUACCUCCAGAAAUCUUUUUCUAAGUAAGUAACUUUAGCAUGUGCCUCAUUUGUAAACGUUUCCCAACUCCACGCAUCAUAAGGAUUUUCUUUCUUUCUUUUAAUGCAUAGACUACCCUGCCAGGGACACGAGUGGCGCUGUGGUCUAAACCACAGAGCCUAGGACUUGCCGAUCAGAAAUUCGGCGGUUCGAAUCCCCGCGACGGGGGGAGCUCCCAUUGCUCGGUCCCUGCUCCUGCCAACAUAGCAGUUCAAAAGCACGUCAAAGUGCAAGUAGAUAAAUAGGUACGGCUCCGGCGGGAAGGUAAACGGCGUUUCCCUGCGCUGCUCUGCUUCGCCAGAAGCAGCUGAGUUAUGCUGGCCACAUGACCCUGAAGCUGUACGCUGGCUCCCUCAGCUAGUAAAGCGAGAUGAGCACUGCAACCCCAGAGUCAUCCGCGACGGGACCUAACAGUCAGGGGUCCCUUUACCUUUUUUAGACUACCCUGCCCCAGGGACAGAAGGUUUGUUGUAUUGUAAUAUGGCAUGCAUGAUCCAGGUCUCUGAAAUACUUUCUAAAACCAUUCACCUGGAGAUUAGAUGGUCCAACAGACCAUACCAUGUUGGUUUUUCUUGACAUUGGUGUGGUCAAUAGUGCUAUUCAGUGGUAUGUGUUUGUAAUAAUGAUUUGCAUGGCAGCACACCUGUGAGCUAUCGACAUUUCAGCACACCUGUAUCUUAAUAAUGUAACUAAUUAGAGGUGGAGUUUACCUGCUGCACCAAAUGCAGCGAUGUGACAGGGUAACUGAUUAUUUUGAAAACUGUAUUUAAGCUGACCAAAUGCUUUGUAUUCUGCUGGGGGAGUGUGGAGUGGUGAGAAGGGUGUUUUUGCAGCUGUUUGAUUAUUUCUUAAAAUAAAUAUAAGCAAAGAUAUUGCAGGCAAGUUUUUAUUCCAUCGUCCCAGCUGCUGCACAAGCUCAGUUGGUCCAGAAGGUCCAACAUACCAUUGUACAUCCGUGAGCAGCAACUAAUGCUCAGAUUAGCUGCCAGGGCUGAUGCCAAGUUUUGAGGUGGCCCCGGGCAAGAUGGUCUCUGUCCUCCCUCUUGUGCCACCAUGGUACCACUCCAGGAAAUGAAGAUGGUGGCAACUGCGGAAGCUGCUUUCCACAGACUGAGCGUGGCUGCCUCCCUCCCAAGUAUGUUUACUAGGCCAAGGAAUGGACACUGGUACAAACAGGUGGUGGCCAUAGCUGGCCUGAGGGAUGAGCAUGUUGGGUUGUGCAUAAGGACUGAGGACAACUGGAUUUAGUUCAUAUUUAAAGGUGAACCUACUUAAUUCACAACCAGAACACAACCAUCCUGUGAAAUUCACCUUUCUCCUAAUUUUUCAGUGCCAUUCUCCAACAAUGUUACGUGUACCAAAAUGUAUUUUAUGGUAAAGUGUGCCUAUAGAUUCAAUUAUUAGUGAAAGUAACAGGCAAAAAUGCAGUAUAUUACAGAAAAUUGCUUGCAAAAAUAUGUGUAUUUCAAAACUGCAUACAAAAAUGUGUUUAUUAACAAAAACAUGCACCAAUAUGCUGAAGAACUUUUGUGAGGGUAUUUAAACAAAAAACAAAAAAAAUAUAUGCAGUACUGUGAAGACAUGAAAUUGAUUGGAAAAAUGAGAAACAGAGAACCAAAAGGGACAGAUUAAUCAAUCCUGUUUCUGAUCCUCUUUACUUGAAGCCGAUACACUUGUCUGCUUGCUGAUCAAACUGCAUUUUGCUUAGCAAUGAGCCAUGGUUCAGUUGUUUCCAUACAGUUAGUAUGAGGGUUAUUUAAACCAGCCAUAGCUUGUUUGUUUCUUGUUUGUUCAAAAUAUUCUCAGACUGCCUUAGCAUCAGGCAAGUAUAGUGCAAUCAAGCUAAACAAUGAAAUGUCAAGCAGCAUGACAACGAUCAAUGGCGUCAUCCCAGAGGUUUUCAACCUUUUUGAGUCCACGGCUCCCUUGACCAACUAUAUUCUUUCUGCAGCACCCCUGUGGGGCUCAGGAGCCCAGUUAUGUCACCCCUUGCCUGAAGAACUGGCAGCCUCUCACCUUUUUUCAAACACCCUCCCUUGUGGAGUGUUUCCUCAACUUCCUCUCCCCUCUCCUUGGGAGUCCUCUGGGCAGCCACUGCUGCCACCCCUGGUCUCUGAGCUGCCCCUCCUGCCCCAAAUAGAGGUUCCUCAUCACACUGCCCCACAGGGGCCUGCGACUUGUUUGUCCAUUCCCUUCCCUGAGGAGGGAGGGAAGGAAAGAGGGACACAGGCCAGUGUUGCCUGCCCUGACCAUCAUUCAAGCCACCCUAGGGUGCCACGGCACACUGGUUGAAAACCACUGGCUUCAUCCUGUUCUGUCUCCAAAUAUUGGCCCAGUCUGUGGUGUUACAAGCCUUUCCUUGUCUUUCUUAUCAGCAGUGCUGGCACCGUUUGGAUUGGAUUGCAUGACCUUGGCUCCUCUGGGUCGAUGCGCUGGGUUGACGGGGGCCUCGCAGAUACAUUCCAGAACUGGAUGUCCUCAGGCCGACCCGAGGGAGGGAAGGAAAUGUGCGUGAAGAUGCUUCUAGCGGAUUCAAAAGGGUACUGGAGAUGUAACCCAUGCUCUGAGAAAUCACCAUUCAUCUGUGAAAAGACAAUUGGAGGUACUGGAGGCAUUCUAGUUUGUGUUCUGUUAUUUUAAUGGAGUUGUUGUUGUUUUUUGCAAAUGUUUUGAUGGGGUGGUAUUACUGUGUAUUUUCAUUGUGGGUGUCUAUAUUGUAAUGUCUGUGUAACCAGCUUUUGUACUUUGCAAACAGAUUAGAAGCCUAUUUUGAUGUGAGGUGGCAUAUAAAUUAAACAAUAAAUGCAGAAACAAACAUGAAUAGGCUGAUCUUUAUUAUUCAUCUAAUGAGAUCACUCCUCUCAAAAGAGGAGGAUUCAUUAGAAGGAAGCUGAGAAAGACAACCAGGUAGUUCUAAUCUGUUCAGGAAGCUUGGAGCAAAAUUGUAAGGGGCAAUCCCAUUAGCCUUAGAGACUUGGACUUUCGAAAUCCUUGUGAUGAAAUCUCUUUUCGAAGGUCGAUAAGAAAACUUUGCAGUCAUGGGAUGACAGAGUUGGUAACUUGGUGGAGGAAACCAAGGAGCAGAAAAUAGGGAAAGAUGGGCAGCUUAGGAGACACAGCCCGGAGUAUAGGACAGAUGCAGGUUGUGUUGAAAAAAAACUCAGUGAACUUGCUCUAGAGACUGAUGGGUCAUCUGUAAUGGACUAGAAUAAUUCCUCCUGCAAGGAGUUGAAAACGAGCCUUCUAGUCCAUGAUGUGGGAAGAAUGAUGAAACUGAAUGCGAGCUCCUGCUGAUGAGGAAGUGCUGAAUGGUGAAGAAGGUGGACACAAAAAGGAAAUAGGAGAGAGCUGAAAGGAAGCGGAAAGCAGGGUCUGCCAAGAGGCCAGCCAAGUCUAGCUUCUAACCCUGAUUGCUAUAUUCUGAGCUCCCCACACCGUCUUGGUAAGCAGCAGCAACAGGCAGUGUUGGGAAGCCAGCAGAGCAACACAGCCUCACCCUGCCUCGCUAUUGAUGUUAUAGGACUGCAUUGUCAGUUCCUUUUUAUGUGCUCUGUGAUUACAGCUGCGCUUCCAAGCCCAAACUUCUUCCUGACGGGAAUGCCAAGGUUUAGCACUAUCUAUGAAGUGAAGAAUGUCAGCACCAGAAAAGCAGCUCCUUUCUUAGGGGGCAACAAAGUGGAGGUAAUGUAUUUCCGGGGCUGAUUUGUUUUCAUGCUUCAAAUACAUAUUCUAUUCCACAAGAUGUUGCUGAGGGACCUUGAGAAAUCUGCUGCUUUUUGACAGUGAUCUCAGCAUUAUACAAUCCAACAUCUAUGUAAGUAGAAAAUUGCCCAGAAAGCCCAAUAUUAGAAGUUCAUGGGAAACCCUGAUUUCCAAAUCUGAUGUGUCUCUUGUAGCUUACCUCAUAUGUAAAAAAACCAACUGUGGCGCCAUUGUUGCUCAGUAUGUUCACUGUAGGCCCUAAACCCUCUACCCAUCUUAAACUGCCCCCCAGCUACCCUUGACUUGCUUUUGUCUUGCAGCUGAUGCUCUUUCCAGGCCUCUGGUUCAGCCACAGUGGAACAGUCGCCUCCCUAGACUUUGCUAUGCAAGCAACAAAUAAGCCAAUCCAGGCCCGUUUCCAGAUUUUCCGCCCAUAUUGCAGUCCCAGUCAACAUUUGAUUCCACCAGGUAAGGGAGAAACCCCCUCUGCUCCCUUCCUUGCAAUCCCUUAGGUCAAAGAAUAACAGAUUCUGUCUUUAUUCUUUAAAGCAGUUUAAUUAAAAAAUAAGUUGCCAUUUCUCCCUAGCAACAUCUUGUUUUCAGCUGAGGAAAAUGGCUUUGCUGCAGAUUUUUUACAGUUCUCUCCCCCUCCAUUUGUUAAUUCCACCAUUUAAUUCAUUUUUGUAAUUGGAAUUGCCUUCCAGUCGCACUCAUUUCUUAUAAAAUGCGGUACUUAAAUUACAACCUUUGCAUAUGCUGAUCACAGUAAUAAAUUUGAUAAGAGUGUGUGCGUGGGCCCAAACAUUCACCUUGCAUCUGUAUCUGCGUGGUUUAAAACGAUAUUGAUCUGUUUCUAAGUCAUUCUGUACUCUCUCUGCUUCGAUCUGUAAUUUAGGUUCUGAACUACCCUUUAAAAAUUAAAACUCUGUAUACCCCAUCUGCUACCAUAGAUAAUAUAAAAUGUUAUAACUUCCCCCUGUUUCUCACCAAGGUAGAUGACAUUUACUGGCAGAGUAGUCCCUCCAGAGUGCAGUGAACCUGCCAAAUUGUAGACAGAUUGGUCCAGGGGCUUUUUGUGGGGUAAAUAAAAGUGAUUCACUUUCCCCCAUAAUGAGGAGGGCGCAUGUUUGCCUCUUGCUCUUUCUUUAAAAUAACUAAGAUGUGGCCAAGUGUAUUCUCCCCUGCACAUUUCAAAAAACUUUGCAGCUUUGCAUUGGUCUUUGCUUUCCAGUGACUGAUUGUUUCCUCUGAUAGGCUUGACAGCAUGAGACCAUCUAUAAAGCUGCCUGAGAGCUCUGUCUUUUGUUUUAAAGCAGAACAAGAUAGGAUUUUAAAGAAAACCCUUAAAUGAAGUUUUUAACUACUUUUUUAAAAAACUGCUUUAGCAAAAAAUACUCAGGGUCUUCAGUGUGCCACAGGCAAAAAUUUUGGGCAGCCUCGCUUAUUGUAAAGUCCACGGACCUGGAGAAACAAAAAAUAUAGGAAAAAUUAGAGCUAUAAGAUAAAGAGAAGCUUAGAAAGAACAGAGUGAUAGGGUAACAUGCGACUUUUGGACAUCAGCUUGGGAGGGGGAAAGAUUUGCAAAUCAUCCUAAUUUGCCUUGUUAUUUGAGCCCCCGUACGGAUGCGGGUGGCGCUGUGGGUUAAACCACAGAGCCUAGGACUUGCCGAUCAGAAGGUCGUUGGUUCGAAUCCCCGCGACGGGGUGAGCUCCUGUUGCUCAGUCCCUGCUCCUGCCAACCUAGCAGUUCGAAAGCACAUCAAAGUGCACGUAGAUAAAUAGGUACUGCUCUGGCGGGAAGGUAAAUGGCGUUUCUGUGCUGGCCACAUGACCCGGAAGCUGUAUGCCAGCUCCCUCGGCCAGUAAAGUGAGAUGAGCGCCGCAACCCCAGAGUCGACCACGACUAGACCUAAUGGUCAGCGGUCCCUUUACCUUUACCUUACAGAGCUAAUGCACACUCUUAAAAUAGAAAUGACGUCUGGCUUUUUGGUUUUGUAUCUUUUGUGCGAUUCAGUGCCCUUUUAUUUGUUCCUCAGGGUGCAAACGGCUUCAUUCACCUUUUGCCUGCUGUCACUCUGAGCCACUCUGCAAUGCCAUGGGUGAAUGCCCAAGUGGGCAACAGUGGUGCCCUUUGAAGGAUCGUUGCCUGAACAUCUCCAGCCCUUGCAGCUCAUAUGCCUUUGAGAACACAACUGCUCACAUCCAGCCAUUCCCAUACCCUCCACGGUACAAAGGGGCUUCGCCAUUCUAUUCCAUAGUGGCUGAUCUUCCUUUAUUGCUCGCCCCCAGCAAUGAAAACACCCACAUUCACGUAAGUGUAUUCAGGAGUUGCCUUGGGGUUGUAAACAAGCCUUACCCUUGUCUUUCGUUCAAUGUUUGCUCUAUGCUUUGAGGUUCUUCACAUACCUUGUUUUGCCUUAGGUGUACAGGAAGUGGUUCUGCGGUUCCACGUGGGAAACACCUGCUGUGAUAGCUCCCAGGUCAUGGGACCUCUUCACCUUGGGAGCCUCUUUUUAGCCUGGCCCACCUUGCUAUUUCGUCAGCCAUGCAAAAUGUUUUUCUUCAGAUCCGCUUUUACAAAUGAGUCAUAAGGAGGAGCUACAUGGCACCUCUGUUUUCCGUCCGAUACGUGCUGCUCAGAUUUUGGUGGUCUUUUAAAAAUUUUAUUUGGUUUUUACAAAUUAAUGUUUACAUUCAAAAUCAUAGAUAAAAGCAAAUAAGCAAGAUUCUUCCAAAUCUUUAGACUUCCCUCUACCUCUCCAUGGGUUCUUUACUUAAACUUUUCUACUGCACAUCAUAAGACGCUCCAAUUUUUAAAGUUGUCCAUUGUAUCCAAAGUCAUUGUUACAUUACAAGAGUUAUUUUGAACCCGCGAAAGAGUUCAAAUGUUUACAGUGGUCCCCCCCAUUCUUUGUUGAAAUUUUGAUCUUCCUGAUUUCUGAUUUUCCUGGUCAUUUUUGCCAUUUCUGCAUAGUCCAACAGUUUGGUCUGCCAUUCCAGUCUGGUAGGGAUGCUGUCUUCUUUCCAGGCCUACCAGCAUCCUGGAGGCUGUCGUUGUAUACAUGAAUAGUCUUUUCUGUUCCCUAUACACCUACAAUUCCUAACAAAAAGGAUUCUGGUUUUUUUAAAACAAACGUUAUUUUAAACAGUUUUUAAAAUUCAUUAUAUAUCUUUUCCCAGAAUUUUUUUAUUACAGUUCCACCACAUAUGUUAAAAGGUCACAUUGUGGUGGUCUUGUGAUGUUUUAUAUGGAUUAGCAUUACUUGCUGGUACACUGUUCUGCUUCUCGUGCACAACUGUAGGAAGGAGUUGAGUGAAGACCAGGUGUGCGUACUUUAAAUGGAGGUUGUCUCCCAAUGAUUCUGAUUAGCUUCAGCUGUCUGUGCGUUUCAGGUUCUCCUGCCAGAAGAAGAGAUCUUUGUCCAUCCGGGUGACAUCAUAGGGAUACAGCACAGCGCUGAUAGGGGCUCGUUCCUGCAGUGCCAUCCCCACACGGAUUCCCCUUGGCGACAGAGUUACAUCAGCCUCAUGAAGGAGAGCUGGUGGGAAGGAGGUAUCUCUGGGCCACCCAACCCCACCUGGGUGGACAGCAUGCUUUGUGACCUACGAGUGACCUUUGCGCAAGCAAUGAAGAGCUUGGCAAACCCUCCAAUGCUGGCCCAAAGGCUGGAGUCUGGUACCUACACCUUCACCGCCACGGUGAGAAAUGCUGUCAGCAGCUCACAGGCCAGCUGCUCAGUGCAAGUGCAGUCAAAAGUCAGUGAUUUGCAGCUUAUCUACCCCACACCACUCAGCGGGAAGCUCAACAUACCCACAAAGCAGGAGAUUUUCCUGGUCGUCAAGAUCACCUCUGGUUGCAAGGCUGUGGCUAACUGGAUGUCCCCGGUGGACAUGGCUGGGGUGCCGUUUGUGGCCGCUUGCCCAGCAGGGAUUGUGCUCCGUGUCCCCUCCUGCUACAGAGAGACCACAGACACCUGGUUCUCCUCGGUGAAGCUUGUCAUGGAUAAACCAAGAGAGGAGGAGAUCUUGGACAUCCUUGUUUCCAAUGAGGUCAGUGCCCAGAAGUUGUCUGUGAAGAUCCAGUCACAUGAUGCCAUUGAUGGACUCAGGGUGGUGCCUCCUGGACCAUGCCGGAUGCUAGUGGAUGUGUCACAGGUGGGUUAUGAUGUUCCUUCCAAAGUUAACUCUUUGUUUUAUGUGAGGGAUGUCUGGUGUCAUGUUUUGAGGAUAGUGGUCCAAGGACCUUCUGAUGCUCUGGCCAUUCCAGUAAAACAAACAGUCCCCAGCAACAGCAUCUUAACGGGGAAAACUGCAAAUGAAAGAUGCUUCUUUCUAAUGGGUAAGCUACAGAAGAACUGAUUGUCAUUGUUUUUGGAGUGACCCCAGGGCACGGCCAGCUAUUCUUAUAUGAAAAAAAUAUUCUGUACAUAGAUGCAUACCCUAUACUGAUCGUUGUGACUUUGCAGAAUUGACGAGGGCUGUACCUCUGAACUAGGAAACAAUGCAGUCAUGAUCUUGAGUUAUUAGAGUGUUAAGCAGUGCACAGAUCCCUCAGUCCCAGGUCACUGAAGUAUCCUACCCAGACCCAGACUCAUUUACUGCUCCCCAAUGCUUACCCCAAAGUUCAGCCAGCAUAGCCAAACCAAUAUAUAUGGGUUAUUCUCAUCAUGCAACUUCUUUGCUUUAACCAGGUAUUUACUGCUGAGAUCAGCCAGGGGUCCUCUGUUUCUUACACCUGGGUGAUUGAUAACAUGGACAUGUUUGCCUACAAUGGUCAGAGCUACAGUGUCACAUUUAAGAGACCUGCUACAUAUAAGCUAAAGGUGAGAAACCAAAGCCAUUCAACAACAACAACAGCAGCAGCAGCAAUAACAGCAACCCCAUAGUAGAGCAUUGCACACGUGGGCAUUUCAAGGAAUAUAAGUAGUAUUUGUACAGCAAUUUAUAUGUGUUAUCUCAGUAUUUCAUACAACAGCCCUAUAAGGUAGUCCAGUAUAUUAGGAGAAAUUACAUGUCAGAAUGUGAAAAUUGCAUACAAAAAUGAAUAUAUGUAAUGAAACAGUGUGCACUCUUGCAUGGAUUGAUUUUUUUUUUUAAUUACAAACUGAUGUAAGCAAACUGAACCAAGACUAGAAAGAUGAGGACAUGAGGGAAACAAACAAACAAAGACUGUAACAUAACAGAGAGAGUGGCUUGCCUGCAGCUUCUCUGUGAGUUCCUUUGAGCCAGGGACUUCCUGACUCUCUUUUGUCUCUCUCUACAGAAGCAAAUGCAUAGCUGAGCUGCUAUGAGCAUUAUCAGAAGAUGCUUCAGUGACUUAUGGGAUUUGGGUGGUUUAUUUGGUUUGGGAUCAAAGGUUUCUUGGUUUUCUCCUCUUUGUUCAUAGUUGACAGCAAAGAACCCGGUGAGCUUCAAAUCUUUGGAACUGAUGCUCAUAGCUGAACCCAUGAACCCCUUGGCUCACCCUGAAUUGCUGGGACUCCCUGGAAUUGUGGAAGUCAAUGUUCCCCAGACUAUGAUAUUCAGGGUGGAAGUAGACACUGCUGUGGAUGUCAUGGUGAGGUAAGAAGCAAGGCAAGGAAGUCUGGAUAGGUGCUUUCAAGUGAUUGUCCAUCACCGAAAUCCAAGUUGCAAGGAACACACAAUCUUAGGGAAGAGCUCUUUGGGAACAGCCAAUGUAUCUACUCAAGGCCAAUUCACACCAUCGUUUUCUGCAGAAAAAACCCUCAUUUGAGCUGACUUACAAACACUUCUGCUAAAUUAAUCCCAGUUUAGCUUUUAGUAUAGAAUCGCUAACUCAUGUAAUGGCUCAGUUAGUAGCCACCAACUCAGUCUCAUCCUAUGCAUAGAUGCACAAACAGUCUGACCUGGUAUCUUCCCCUAAAUAUAUGACAAUUCGUAGUACUCCCCCCUUCCCUCUUUUCUGGCACAUUCAGUGAUGUUCAGGAGGUGUAGUAAACUGCAUCUGUGACUUUGCCUGCGCAUGAAAGCCACACUGGUUUGGUAGAAAAUGAACCACGAGGCAUAGAAGAUACCCAAGAAUCAGGCUGUUGCAGGGCAACAGUCCAAUUCAGAUCACAGUAGACCACCAUUGGGUACACUAAAAUGGGGGGGUGUUACAGGGGCCAGCAAAGCAAAUUGCUUAAAAUAAUGUAAGCAAGACAAGUCACCUAUUUCAGGGGAAGGCAGACAAACAAAAAUCAGAACAACCAGUUCAUCUGCUCUGGAGAAAGCUGCUUUCUGAUCGAACAAUAAGUCAGAGUCAGAACAUGACAGUGCCUGGGAGAAUCACUGAACUUAAAUUUUUUAAAAAGGAUACAGUGGUAUCCUCGGGUUACAUAUGCUUCAGGUUACAGACUCCGCUAACCCAGAAAUAUUACCUCGGGUUAAGAACUUUGCUUCAGGAUGAGAACAGAAAUUGUGCAGCAGCGGCGCGGCGGCAGUGGGAGGCCCCAUUAGCUAAAGUGGUGCUUCAGGUUAAGAACAGUUUCAGGUUAAGAACAGACCUCCAGAACGAAUUAAGUUCUUAAUCCGAGGUACCACUGUACUCUAAUUCAACACCCUGCUCUCUCAAGGUACCCUGGAGUUACCUGCUCUGUUGGUACCUGUAAUGUCCCCACUUUAGUGUACCCCACAAGCAAGAACUACCAUGCCAGAGAUGGCUUUUGGAAAAGGAAUAAAUAUAGCGAAAAGACAUUUGGGGUGUUGAAAUAACAAAUUGUGCAACCAGGACUAGCAAAUUGCUUGACUUCCAGACCUUUGGCAGCAAGCAUUGUAUCCAUCUUGUGGAAAACAGAAUUUUUGGCAGGGGCUAAAUGUGGUGAUAAGUAAUGUGGGAGAUGUACCAGAGGGGGUGAUGUGAUAAGGGGCACAGAAGAAACUCUGGGAAGGAAUUUAUCAUUGCCAUUGCUCAGUCCAGUCCAAUCUCAGGCAGAGAUAGGGUGAACUUUCUGGGUCUUGUUUUCAGUACUCCAGAUCAACAAAACCAACAAAAGAGUCUUGCGGCACCUUGGCGACUAACAAAUUUUCUAUGGAUUUAUGGGCCAGAAUCCAGUUCACCAGCAACAAGAAGUACAAUCCCUAAUUAACAGGGGAUAUAUGGGUUCCCCUGUGUUGUUUCACCUGUGGACGGGGGUGGAUGGGAGUGGAGAUCAAAGGGAAGCAAAUCACAAAAAGAAUGGAGAGUAAUAGUCACAUCCAAUAAAACAGUUAAAGUGGCAAUUAGGAUAGCUGUGUUGGUGAUAACAGAAACUUCCUGGCCUUGGUAAGUUAGCAAACACAUAUAGUGUGAUAAAAAUCUUGAUUCAAGUCACAGAUGAUAGAACUGAAUUCCUGAUGAAAUGUAAUUCAGAGAGUUUCAUGCUGGAGUCUCCCUUGAGAUUUCCUUUGUUCACGGACAGGCAGGUCAACAGGCAUCACUGGUAGAAAUUCUGUGCCAAAUUGUCACUUUGUGCAGACGCUUUAGGAAACACUGCCGCUCUCAUUGUGACCUCUGCUGGUUGCCCGCAGUAUAAAAAGGUAAAGGUAAAGGUAAAGGUACCCCUGCCCGUACGGGCCAGUCUUGCCAGACUCUAGGGUUGUGCGCUCAUCUCACUCUAAAGGCCAGGAGCCAGCGCUGUCCGCAGACACUUCCGGGUCACGUGGCCAGCGUGACAAGCUGCAUCUGGCGAGCCAGCGCAGCACACGGAACGCCCGCAGUAUAUCCAAUACAUUAUUUGUGAUCUGUAUUUCUGCUUGCAGGUGGAAUUUUGGCGACGGCAGCCCAGAGGCAGAGACCACCCUGGCUCCUCCUUACGAUGCUCAGCUGCCACGACCAGAUCCACAGACAGAACGAGUUCAAGUGUCAGCAAGGGUGACCCAUGCCUUUAUUCAGCCAGGUGGGAAAAUGGGUUUGAUACUAGGAGAUAACUUAGGGAGCUCAAGGAGCUUCAAGUCACGCCUUUCUCCCUGAAAUGAAGAGGGGGAGAAUAGAUGGAUAUGAAGAUAGCAGCUGAGAGAGUUAUGUGGAGAGAGGUUAAAAAUGAUGUGGGGAAAAUAGGUGCCAGAACAGGCUGACUAACCACCAGCAGGUUGAAAUCUAGGAAACCAGAAGAGAACAGGUGAGGCAAAAGCAUCAUAGGAGAUUGAGACCAAGACAGGAACACACGUAUGGGAAGGGAAGCAAAGCUAAUGAGGUGCACUGUAAAGUGAGGAAGGAGCUUUCCUGCUGUGUGGCAGCCGCGGGGAACCUGAGGCCCCUGCACCUAAAUUGGCUGUCACCUGCCAAUCACUUCAAUCUACCUCAACAGCUUUUGUGGUUUUUCUAGGGUUAGAUUUAAAAUUAUUACCACUCCUGAGUGAUACGUACUCAUUGUUAUUUCUGUAGGUGACUACACUGUUAGAGCUGAAGCCCUCAACAAGUAUGAGCAAGUUCACCAAGUGGCCAGAGUCUGUGCUGUCAUUCCCAUAACCCUGGUGACCAUACUGCCCAGUCCAGCUUCUCCAUUGGUUAAAGAGGUUACUCAGUUUGAGGCCUUGGUUUCUCCUUCCCUCUAUGGCAUAUGGUAUUCCUGGAACUUUGGCGAUGGGUCACCUGUACAGGAGGGACCAAAUUCUACUGUGCGCUAUUCCUUUGAAAAGGCUGGGAUUUAUAAUGUGACCCUAAGAGUUAAUAACAAUCUCAGUGACAUAACAUCAUGGGCAUCGGUGUCUGUCAGGGAAGGAAUUAUGGGCCUGCACAUAGUGUGCAGUGGGCCCAGUGAACUCGGUUCAGUCACAGUUGUCAAUGCCACAGUUACCUCUGGCACAGAUGUCAGGUGGUCUUUCGACAUGGGAGAUGGAUCCAUCUACAGAAAUCUGUCACACGGUGUUGUUUCUCACAUUUUUGCUGCUGAAGGAAAAUACACAGUAACAGUGACAGUUCACAGUGCUGCGGCCUAUACCGAGGCAUCCACCAUAGCCAACAUUUACAAACUGCGUAUUAGCAGCAUCCUGGCUCCUGGUUGUCUCUCCAGUGGGGAGCUGACCCGGUUCCAAGCUUUUGUGACAGGGCCAGUUAAAGGGGUUAUGUUCUGCUGGGAUUUCCAAGAUGGCCGCCCUCCCACUGUUCGUCAUGGAGACCCCACGGUCCUUCACAGCUACAUGGCGGCUGGGAAUUACCAGGUGAAUCUGACUGUCUAUGGAACAAUGAGCAGCGCUUCCCGUCAACUAGCCGUUUGUGUAGAGGACAAAAUCAGCUCAGUUAAGCUAUUGGCUCCAAUGUCUGCUGUAGCCUUAGAGGAACCACUUUCUUUCUUGGCUGAAGUAGAUCCAGGACCCGACCCUCAGCACCAGUACAGGUAUCAUUGGGAUUUUGGCAUUGGUGAAGACCCGGUGCUUUCUAAAACUCCAGAAAUCACAUUUGUGUACUUGGAGGCUGGGUUGUACAUGGUAACCGUGACUGUGUGGAACACGGUCAGCCAACAAAACGCCUCGGUAAAUAUCACAGCUCAGCAGGCCAUUAAUACCAUCUCCAUUCACCAUAGUGGUGAAACGGGUAUCUUUCUAGCUGUGGGCACUCCCUACGACUUUGUGGCUGAAGUCAGCUGGGACACUAAAGCCGCAUUUCAGUGGGACUUUGGAGAUGCCUCACCUCAUCGGGUGGGUCAAAGAGCCCCCCACACCUAUAAGAAAGCAGGAGAGUUUACCAUCGUGGUUGUGGGUGAGAAUCUGGUCAGUCACAGGACAGCAACACUCACCAUGACGGUGCUUACUCCAGUCAAGCUGUUGACUCUACAUGCUGAGCAACCAGUGAGCGAGGCUGGGCAGGAAGUCACCUUCAGAUCUUCUUUAGCUGCAGGGGAUCGUGUUCGCUAUCGCUGGGCUGUUGGUGAAACAACUGGAUUCCAAGAGGGAGCAGCCAUUUUCACUCACACUUUCCCCACUCUUGGCACCUUUGUGGUGUUUGCCGUAGCUGAGAAUGCUGUGAGCAUAGAGAAGGCAAACGUCACUGUAGAGGUCCAGGAAAGAGUCCAAGGGGUGCAAAUCCACAGUGAACAUGUAGUGCAGGACAAGUAUGUGGCCGUUGCGGAAGCCUUCUCUCUCUCCAGUGAGGUUGCUCAGGGCUCCAAUGUCACCUUCCGUUGGGCAGCUUUGAAAGGAAAGCAUCCAUUGUUUACUUCUGAAGGACAGUUGUUCUUAUUCUGCCCCAAUACAAGUGGGGAACUCCUGGUGGAGGUGAAAGCUGGGAAUGCACUGGGUGAAGCCACCACCAGCCUUACCCUGGAAGUCUUGGAGAGAGUUCAUGGUGUGAAGGUUCAAUCGGCCGCUGAUAAUGUUGCAGUAGGAAAGCCAGUGAACCUGAACAUUUCUGUGGUGUCAGGAACAGAUCUCCUUUAUCAGUGGAAGGUGCAGGAGGACGCACAGCUGCUGCUUACCACCACACCUUCCCUUUCGCACAUCUAUAACACCCUAGGCUCCAAGCUUGUCUUUGUCACAGUCUACAAUGCCCUGGGAUCCAGCAAUGGCUCCACAGAACUCAGAGUGCAGGAACCUGUUUCUGGGGCAAAUUUCAGCGUGGCAGGAAUUAUGCGACCUUUCCUCCUGAAGUCAGGCACCUCAGUAGAGCUUCUGGGCAUGGUGGAUGAAGGAUCUGACCUUGCAUGGGAAUGGCAGCUACAGCGGGAGGAAGAGGAGAAGCUGAUCCUCUCCCAUGGGCAGAACAUCUCUCACAGAUUUGAGCAGUUCGGAGACUAUGGAGUGUUUCUGCGGGUCUGGAAUGACAUUAGCGAGAGUACAGCUCUGGGUGCCAUCUCUGUUCAAGACCCUGUGGCUGGACUGGCUGUGACAGUGGACAAGAGGACAGUGUGCACAGAUGACGAGGUUACUUUUACACUGCGUGUGUUGAAGGGCUCGCGAGUGACCUUUGCCCUCUACUUCUCCUCGCUGGGGAUUCAUGUGGAUAACCCUGCGGGGAACUUCCACUUUCCUUUUCCAGUGAAAGGUGACCACCAGGUGCUGGCAUCUGCUUACAACAACGUUAGUAAUCAGACAGAUACUGUCAUGGUGAAGGUCUUGGAGAAGGUGAAGGGGCUGCACCUCUUAGAUGAUUGUCCACCCAUUCUGGAAGCCAACAAAGAACUUACACUCCGAGCAGCCGUGCAAGCUGGAGAGAACAUGGCUUUCUCCUGGGCAUUUCGGCUCCCUGGGCUGCCCGACUAUAAUGUCACAGGCCAGCAGGUGACGUAUACCCCCUCUGGCAAAGACAAUUUAACCAUUCUGAUUGAGGCCACCAAUGCUUUCUGUGCAGACACUCUCCUGGUGGUAAGAAUGUUAGAGGUGCCAGUAGUGACUGUUAACCUGUCCAGCAAUGGCUCCAGGACAUUUGUCAAUCAAACCGUGACAUUUGAUGUAAUGGCGGUUGGUGGCAGCAACCUUCACAUGGAGUGGAAUUUUGGGGACUCGCCCGAAACCUUCGCCAGUGAAGGAGAUCAGAGAGUAUUUCACAAAUAUCGCCAAGCUGGUGAUUUCUUGGUAGAAGUGAGAGUCUACAACAACGUCAGUUUUGUCUUGGCCCAGUCAAAAGUAACCGUGGAGCAGCUGCUCUGUGAAAGCCCUACUCUGAAGCUGGUUGAGCCUCUCUCUGUGAUCUCCAAAUCUUACACCACCUACUUUGAGGCUGAUGUCGACUUGAAACAAUGCACAGCCUACCGGGCGUUGUAUCGGUGGGAGAUAUUCCGCAGCUGCAGCUGUGAUGCUUCGUCCAAGACCAAUGCAGUCUCAUUACCGCAUGUAGAUGUGCUAACCCCUCGUCUUGUGCUCCCCAAGUUCUCUCUGGACGUUGGUCCUCACUGUCUGCUUUUCACUAUCUCUCUGGAGAACACACCCUUGGCCCAGAUGGCUUGCAGUGACUUGACAGUGCUUUCCAGCAAGCUAGUUCCAGUCAUCCAAGGAGGAUCCUGGAGGAGAGGGACAGUCAAAAUGGAUCUGGUUCUAGAUGGAAGCAAGUCAUAUGACCCUGAUGUGGAGAAGGGUGGAAACUCCUCUCUGGCGUACCACUGGGACUGUCAACUGGAGGUAAGAAGAGGACCUAGAAUGGCAGCAAGAAGACACAUUGUUUAGACCAGGGUUUCCCAAACUAGGGUCUCCAGCUCUUUUUGAACUACACCAUCCCUGACCCUGCUAGCUAGGGAUGAUGUGAGUUGUAGUCCAAAAAGUUUGGGAAAUCCUGGUCUGAUUAACUAAUGAGAAGCAUAACCUGAAAAGGUGGGUUUUCCUUUAUAUGAAGGCUUUAAUGCAGGGGUGGUGAAACAGGAUCCUGCUGGAGGGCCAAAUCCAGAAGUGACCGGUUCCCCAGAGGCCACUUUGUCAGGUGGGAGGAGUUACCCACCUGUCAAUCACCUACCAUCACACAUUGCUUGGUGAUUCAAACUUUGCAGCCAUGGCUUAAAUUCAACACUUUGUGAAUUUGGUGCUUCUCUAUGUCAAAUUCAGAAGGCACCAAAUUUCCAGCAGCUGGAAAUGAAGAAACAACAGUGCACUUUGAGUAUGCUCCCAGUUCAUUUUGCAUUUGGAGCUAUGGCUUUACCUGCCUAGCACCUGUUUUAUUUCCUUUGCUUUCCUGCCCUUUAAAAGCUGUUAUACCAGGAGAGCAUUCCCCUUGUCCAUUCUCACUUCUUUUGUAUGAGAGAGAAGACUGAGCCUCACUUUACAGGGGCCUGUUGUGUUGUCCUAACUUUUUGGGAGGGUAGGAAGAGGACCAUGGCACUGGGGCAGAGAACCUGGGAAGAAGAGCCUCCAGGUGCUUCAGAACAUAAGGCCAGGCUCAGCUCUCACAAAUUUCUACUUUAAUUGUAUGCCAGCUUUCAAAAGUCUGUUUCUUCAUAAGAUUUCACCUUACACUCCCCCUCCCCACCCCUGCAGCCUCAAUUUCAGCAUCAGAGCAGAAAUUAGUUAAUGCAAAAGGCUCUUAACUGAACUUCUCUCUGCCACAGGCACUUAAUGUGUCCACAACUUUAUGUGGCUUCCCUGCUAUGGCAGGCAUGGACAGAGUGAUUGUCCCACACUCCGUGCUGAAUCCAGGAGCAACUUACCACUUCAACCUUACUGUGAGGAAGCCUGGUAAAGAUCCGGCUUGGGUGACACAGACGGUGAGCUUGGCUUUACAGUAGUACCUCGGGUUACAGAUGCUUCAAGUUACAGACUUCGCUAACCCAGAAAUAGUACCUUGGGUUAAAAACUUUGCUUCAGGAUAAGAACAGAAAUCGUAUGGCGGUGGUGCAGCAGCAGCAGGAGGCCCCAUUAGCUAAAGUGGUACCUCAGGUUAAGAACAGUUUCAGGUUAAGAACAGACCUCCAAAACAAAUUAAGUUCUUAACCCAAGGUACCACUGUAUUACAUUCUCUAGUCUCAUGUGGCCACUCUGACUUCCCCCCAUAUAAAUUGACAGAAACAGACGGACACAGACAGACGGACACAGUGAACAUGUAGUGCAGGACAAGUAUGUGGCAGUCACUGGUGGUUGCUUAUAGGGAGUCUUUUUGAAGAGUUGGCUGAGGGGAAAAUGCUCUUAAAAGUGAAACAUUUUACCCUCUGCAUAAAAGUGUCUUGUAGUCAAAACACUUCCUCUAGAAAGAAAGAAAGAAAGAAAGAAAGAAAGAAAGAAAGAAAGAAAGAGUUCUGCUUAAAAACAGAGCUUUUUCUUUCUUUCCACAGAACACAGUCUGAAUGCAAGCCGCUCCAUCCAGCCCCCUCAGCUGCACAAGGGAGUUCCUGAAGGGAAGUGAUUCCUCCCUGCUGACUUGGACAGUUAGUUCCUGUCUUCUUGUAUCAAAGACAUAGAUCAAAGACUGCCAUGCUGAAUGACCUCUUCUUUUCUCUUUGACAAAGAAACACAAUGUACGUAGGGAUGCCAAAUGGCAAGGAAAGUACCGAGCCCUGGAAUAACGCUCAAAUGCACAUAUUCUUGCUAUGAAGCUGGCAAGCCCAGUCAAGACCAAAUGUUAGGAUUUAGCACUCAGGGACAAGUGCAGUAUGGGCAAACCCCCUAGACACACUACUGGCUUUUGUCCACACUCUGACGGACCCUUCACCACAGUUCUGUUACGUUGCCUGGGAGAGGUCCAUUGCUGGACAUCUUGCUCCUCUUCUGUAGGGUCGCGUUUCUCCAUUUGUACCAACUAGCCCGCUGUGUCUUGAUUUGGGGCUGACUUUAAUAUUGACUCGGGUGUCCUCUGGCAGGUUUCGAUCACAUCUAGCCAGAUCCUGCCUGUGACCCUGGAGUGCCGUUCCUGCAGUGCUUUGUCAAGCUAUGAGGUCAGCAGCAGCAUCCAUGUCACGCUGUCUGGACGGUGCGAAAGCUGCGACAAUGGAACGCUGGUGAGAUGCUCUCUUCUGAUUCCAGGGCCAUAGAGCAGCAGGGGUUUAGUUGCGCUUAAAAAGAGGCGCCAUUCUGAUGUAUCAUGAUCUGUGCUGUCUGGCCCUUGCAGUAUAGCUGGAGAGCUCGGAGUUCUGAUGGCCAGCCUUUGACCUUGGACAAUGUGACCACUUCCACUGGGGACUCCAACCGGGACCUGGUGAUCAGGCAGGGGGUCCUGCAGGAUGGAGUGAACUACACUUUCACCGUUUUGGUCACUCAGCCUAGAGGACAGCUCUGGGGAGAAGCCAGCAUCACCCUCACCCCAAACCACCCACCCAGGGGAGGGUUCUGCAUUCUGAGACCAGAAAACAAUAUCUACAUCUUGGAGACACCAGUUAGAUUUGAGUGCAUGGGUAAGUAACGCAACAAGAUUUCCCCAGUGGGGAUCUCAGUGCCGUUAAAGAACUGGAACAGCUGCAUCUCAAGGAGCUGUCCUUUGGAAGCUGUUUGAGCUCCACUUUUGUGGAAGCUGCAGGCAGGGAGGGCAGUCUUGUCAUUUAGGCUCCAUAAGUACCUGGGUCAUGUGUAAUUUUGCCCGCCAGACCACUAGACAGUAACUUAUGUGUGUGAGUAUAGACAUAGACUAGCAUUGCAUGGAAUUCAUUCAUGGCUCAGGCAUAUACAGCUGUGUUGGAGCCUGAUUGAUUCAUAUUCUCAUGUGACCAAGCUGAAGUGAUGUAUACCUUUACACCUCCUUCGUCUGAUAUUCUUCUGCAUCUCCUGCUCUGACUCUUUCAGGUUGGAUGGAUGAGGACAGCAGCCCAACGCAGCAGCAGCAGCAGCUGAUCUACACCCUGACUGCCGAAAUGUGCUCCCCUCACAGCAGCCAUUGUUGGCACUCCUGCCUGUAUCGAGGGGUCAAGUCUGCCUUCAGCAUCUUCCUGCCCGCAGGCUCUCUUGGCAACCAAUCCAGUGUCAACAUCCUAGUUGAGCUGGAGGAUUCACGGGGAGCAAAAACCUUGGCAUUGAACCAGUAAAUGUGGGACCUCUUUGGGAUGGGCCAGGCAGGAGAUCUCUGUGCCUUGUUCUUCCAGAGACUCAGGAAGAGAAAAAAAGAGCAGGCAGGAGAAGACAGCAUGCUGUGCUGUGCUGUGCUGUGCUGCACUGUGCUGCUGUCCUAACAGUGGAAUCACUGCCACUUGCCAGGACAGUAUGGGGGGAGGGUGGCAAGGCCUGGGCUGCGUUGAUGCACAAGCAGAGCCAAUCUGGCACUCCCUCCAGCGCACCCACACAGCCCUAACCUUGCUAGCAUCCGCCCCCUGUACUGUUCUAGGAAAUGGCAGUGAUGCUGCUGUCAAGAGGGAGGCAGCACAGCACUGCCACUGGCAGACAGAGUUGCUUUUGCAAGACUUAUUUCUACCUGGAGAGAGAUUAAAGCUGCAGUCAUUGUGUUACUUCCUUGAGGACAGUUCUGUUCCCGAUUAUGAGGUUACUAUGGCAUUCAGCACUUGAGGAUGGUAGCAAAACCUUUCUAAGUGUGGCUUGCACGGGCAGGGAGGAGGGAGGGAUGCUUGCAAAGUGUGUUUGCACUCACAAAGUGUAUUUGCAAAGUGUGUCCGCUCUCCCUGAGAGCCAGUGUGGUCUAGUGGUUAAGAGUGGUAGACUCGUAAUCUGGGGAACUGGGUUCACGUCUCCGCUCCUCCACAUGCAGCUGCUGGGUGACCUUGGGCCAGUCACACUUCUCUGAAGUCUCUCAGCCUCACUCACCUCACAGAGUGUUUGUUGUGGGGGAGGAAGGGAAAGGAGAAUGUUAGCCACUUUGAGACUCCUUCGGGUAGUGAUAAAGCGGGAUGUCAAAUCCAAACUCUUUUUCUUCUUCUCUCCCUUUCAGAACCCUGACUCUCACCAUGCCUGAACUCCCUUCAGGAUUCAACACCGUAACCAGCUGGUUGAAGAAGAAGAGCCAGUUGGAGCUGUGGGGUGUGGUCCAGCAAGGAAACCCACAGGAGGUGAUUCCGUACUCCUUGGCUCUCAUAAGCCUGCUGAAUCACGUAAGCACUUGCUUGGGGGGGGGGGGGGGAGAACGCUUUACAUCUGCGUACAGGUUAACAAUGCUUGCACACCCAGGAACUUGAGAUUCUCAAGGUCACGGUCCCAUCCACAGCUAGGAUCUGUUGUGCAGAAUUAGGAAAAAGGGUAUUCUCCACCGUGACACCCCAGUUGUGGCAUUCCCUCCGUUUGCACUUGCCCAUUUCUUUGUUAACACUUAGGUGCCAGCCGAAGACACACUCACCCUAGCUUGGGGGUGGUGGUCGAUGGAGUGAACUUGGCGCCUGACAGUGAAUGAGGUUGUGAUAUGGAAAUUGGCUGGUGUGUUGUUUUUUGUAUCUUCACUGUCGAUUGAAUUAUUCAAGUUUUGUCAGGCCAUGUUCUACUUUGCCCUGAUAUCCUUUGGGGAGGAAAGGUGAUACACAAAUAUAAUUAAUAAUAAAAAGCACUUUAAAAAAUACGUAUCAUCUCCAUUUGGGCAGGUUUUCUUUUUCUUUUUGGCAGUAUUCUGUUCCAGCAGAGGUGAUUUGGCCACAUGUGUUUUUUUUCCAGGACUUUGGAAGAGGGUAUAGCAUGAAGGAGCUGAGGGACCGCAUCUCCAUCCGCAGCAAUGUCACAGCAGCUCUGGCCUCCCUGAAUAUCUCCAGUGUGAAGGAUGUUGCUCAGCUUAGCGCUGCACUGAGGGCUUGUGUGGUAGGAUUCCUCCAGUAGAUGUUUUGUCAUUGCUCUGUUGGAGUCAGAGAAGGUGUUGUGAUGAUGGCCCACAAUAUUUGGGACCCUGCGGCAGAAAAUCCAAAUGGCAGUAAAUAUAACAAUAAGCUGACUAGCUAUUUGCUGUCCUUUCAUAGUAAUCCCCUCCCCAAGAAAUCUGUGCUAGAGCUAGUGAUAUAAAAGGAUCUGUUGGUUUUCCAAUCUUAAAUUCAGGUUUUUCACAUUCUGCAGCAUUUUGGGAUAUAUCCCCAAAUCCUGCAGAAAGUGAUGUGUGAUAAUUCCCUUGUAUCUUAGGGUCUCAGCCACACUUCUGCUUGCCCCAUACCUAGAAAGCAUGAGGCCGAGUGGUUUUCCACUUGACCCACUCAUUUCCCAGGAAAACCCCAAUCUUUAGCUCUAAAUUAGAACAUAGAGUCAUAGAAUUGUAGAGUUGGAAGGGACCACCAGACUCUCCUAGUCCCUGGAAUCUUUUGCCCAAUGUGGGGCCCAAACCUACAACCUUGAGAGUCUUAUGCUUUACUGACUGAGCUAUCCCAGCUGACAAUUGCUGUUUGCUCCAGCUGAGUGCUAAAGAGCGGAUUUCUCCAGAAAGGCAAGAGGCAGUCCGGAUUAGCCCUUAGUGUUAAUUUCUCCCAAUAAACACAUUUAUAUAUGUAGUUUUGACUGUGCACAUUUUUGCAAGAUGCAUUCCCUAAUUUAAUGCAGUUUCGUAUGUUGUUUUCAGAGACAUAUUCAGGUUUAUGUACGCUUUCCCCAUAGAUAUCCAUUUUUGUAAACACUCUUUGGAGAAGUGCAUCACAAAAUUUGGAUAACUCUGAAUUUAGGAUAUUUGUGUUUCAGUUUGCAUAUUGUUCUAGAAAGUGUGGAUUUGAUGGAUUCAGCUUUAAAUGCUGAAUUUCUCCUCCCUCCCUCGCUAGCUAAAGCUGAGCUGAUAGUUUUAACAUGUCAUUGUCCAUCUCAGGAGCUUUCUCUUUUUCCUUAAGCAGAAGAGAAAAAAUUAUCACUCAGAGUAAGAGCAACCAUCUGCCUCCCGCAGCAUCUUAUCUUUCUUGGUUGUCACGAGUGCUGCCAUUCUGCUCACGCAGCAGACUUCUGCUUGUGCAAUGCAACUUCUCCCCUCUUCUCCUCUCACUUGCACACCUGCACACAUUGACACGCACUCAGCUGGGGGACCAGAGCAGAUUUCGUGAGCAGAGAAAGAGAGGAAGGGGAAGUCCCAUGGGAUACAACCCCGUUUGUAAGAUUCCUAGAGUCUUAUUGAUCUAUUUAUUUUAGUAUGCAACAAACAGACAAAUCAUUCUGAGUGAUGGAAGGAAACUAAUGGGGUCUGGGGGAGCGGGAGGCUCACUUGAUGUGUCCUUUCAAAGAGAGCAAUUGUGUGUUUGGGCAAGCAGUGAAUAAGUCCUCUUUCCCCCCUGCAACACCAGGCAUUCCCAGAAGAGCUCAGCCUUGGAUCUCGUACCCAGAUGCUGGAAGCUGCCAAGAGAAUGAUCCAAGUUAUCCACAGCGAGACAAAAGAAGGUCACGAAACCCCUGCCUCCGCUGGCAACAGCAUCUUGGCAAUCCUGGGUAGGCAACAAAGGGCAGACGACUGCCAUAACUACAGGGGCAGCACUUGGGCUGUUCAGGAGCUGUGAUUCAAUCUCUGUCUCCACUCCUGCCCCUGGUCCUCCCCUUUCUAGCCCCUGCAGCCAACAGAAGCAAAACAACUUACUGGCUUCCUUUAUUUAGAUUUUUAAAAUGGCACCACAAACCUAAAGGACUAGGGUGGGUUUUGUAGGUUAAAAAACUUCAGGCCAAGCUACAUUAUACCCAUGGCCUGUCUUCCCCUCUACUCAUCAAAUUGUUCAUAACAGUGCAGAAAGAAAAAAAAUGGACAGAACUUCCUCCUGGCAUAGCUUCUUUCCAAGAAUAUUCCCAAAUUAUAUUCCUGUUGCGUAUAAACAACCUAUUCUCCUACCAACUCUUAAUAAGAAAUUUCUCCCAUGGCUUCCUUUAAUCCUUUGCCUUUGUUCUCAUGCUGCCCCUUAAAGAAAGGAUAAGAAUCUAUUUUCCUUAUCAAUGCCAAGGGCUGACUCCGAAAAGUCAAAUACCUAAGUCGUAUCAUUACAUUACAUAGCAACAGUGAACAAUGGCUAUGACAUCCAUGCUAAGCAAAGGUCUCUUUCAGACCAUAUGCACAUGGAUUUCUAGGAGCUACUUAAAAAAUUCUGGCCUUUUUUGUUUUCCUUAUUUUUUAUUAUUUUUUAUGUGCAGUUGGUAUGAAGGAAAAGCUACCUUUCCUGGCAGACUUGUCAGAGAAGACUGUUAUGUACUGAGCUGAAUAGGAUCCAAAAUGCAGCAGUCUGAUUGGUCCUAGAACAAUAGGAUUCAGAGUGCAGCAGUCUGAUUGGUCCACAGGAGCCACCCAAUCCAGCUCCAGGUGGAAGUGAAUCCGCAACCUGAUUGGCCUACAGGAGAAUCCUGGAAUUAGCCAAUCACAUGGGGCCCACUGUGUAAAUAAUGUAUAUAAAGCAGACAUUCUGGGGGAACUUCCAUUCUUCCUCACCACUAUGAGCUGAAUAAAGAGCAUGAAAUCCACUCUCGACUCCAAGUAUAUUUCAAGACACAAUGAAAACCUACUGUGAGUGGGCCCGUCUCUCAGGUCAUUAAGCAAACAUAAUCGCUUGAAGAGAGAUUGUGAAAACAGGUAUGGGAGUGAGUGGCUAUAAAGGACUGUGUCUCCUGAUAUGUUAUCAUGUUGCUCCUAGGGAUAAUGUUAACUACCGAAGACACGAGACUGCACAUGGUGGCGAACAACCGCCUGUCGAAGGAACCAACCCUCAGGAAUUGGGUCUCCUCGGCUUUCAAUCUCACUCGUGCUCUGAUGAGGUCCUUGAUGAAGUCCCGAGUGCUGAAUGAGGAGACUCUGUCACUCUCCGUCUCCGAUAUCCAUGUUCAGGGGAAAAGGGCGGAUGCCAGCAAUUUGCUGUGCACGACCCCCUCGACGGAGUGCCUCUUCUCUGUGCCCACGACGCUUGCCAAACAGCUGGCAGAAAGCCAAGAGGUGGUGCAGGUCACCAUGGACCUUGCCAUCAACCCCUUCCCUUUCAACUACUACACCAACUCUGCCAUUUCCACCCACCUUGCGCUUCUGGAGUUCACCACUCCAGCAGGAGCGCCGAUCUCGGUUGCCAACCUGCCUAAGGAGAGAGCCAUCAGCCUUCGGUUACCUGCUGGACAGCAGAAGCUGCAAGACUUGCCCCAAACACUAUUGGUCAUCCUACCAGGAGACUCUGUUAACUUCACUGUGAAAGUUGCAUCAGGCAGCAACAUGACAGGGACACAUGUCCAUGUCAGUUUCACAGUGAUGGAGGGUAAGUGUGGCAGGGAAAAGUGGGAGGGGAAUAGUGGAGAAUGCUCAGGUAAUGAGACUCAGGAGUUUCUUUAAGUUUCCUUAUACUCCAUUGGUGAGCGGCAAUGUGGCACUUCCUCUUCCAAACCUGUUUUAUCUCUCCUUUCAUACUUAAUUUUCUCUAGCUCGUGCAAGUGGACUGAAACGAUCCUAUCCUUUCUUCCCAGGCUUUGGUUUCAGCCAGGAGAAGGUUCCUUCCCUUUAUCUUUAUGGACAUAAUGCUCCAUGUCCCAAUGAGUUCCACUACACCUUGAAGGAGGAAAUUGCCUUUUCUAAUGGCCUGGAGGAAAACCGCAGCAGGGACGUCACCCUCUUAAUUUCUCCUCUGUAAGUGUUGUUUGCCUAUCCAGACACCCCUUUUCUCUCUCAAAUUCUCUAAUAAUAAUAAUAAUAAUAAUAAUAAAUUUUUAUUUAUACCCCACCCUUCCUGGUUCAAAAACCAGGCUCAGGGCGGCUAACAACAAAUUAAAAACACUUUAAAACACUUAAUUAUAAAAGCAGCAUAAAAUACAGUAUAAAAACAUGAAUAACAAUAAAAAUCAAUUAAAUAAUCCCCAGGGCUAGCUGGCUGAAUUGGUCCUACUUGGGCCAGCAAGGAGGUCAGGGGAAAAUUAGCUGUGGGGUCUCAGAGCGGGUGAUCUUCAUAAAAGGGGAGGGGGAGGGAAGAAAAGGGAAAUAAAAGAUCAGGCUGAAUUCAAAUUAAAGGCCAGGCAGAAUAGCUCUGUCUUACAGGCCCGACAGAAGGAGAUUAAAUCCUGAAUGGCCCUAGUCUCAUAGGACAGAGCAUUCCACCAGGUCGGAGCCAUCACUGAAAAGGCCCUGCCCCUGGUGGUGGAUAGUGUGACUUCCUUAGGGCCCGGGACCUCUAAACUAUGGUUAUCCAUGGACCUUAAGGUCCUCUGCAGGGCAUACAAGGAGAGGCGGUCCCGUAGAUACGAGGGCCCUAAGCCACAAAGGGCUUUAAAGGUCAAGACCUAGCAUGUCUGACCUAGAGGCUGUUCCCAUUCCCAAUUCCUUGAGCUGCUGUUACUGUUGAGCCCUCGAGCCAAAGUGGGGAGUGCCUGGUCUACAUUAGUAAAUGCCUGCCCAUCACUAGCCGCUCGUAAUAUGCAGUGGCAUAGCGUGGGUUGUCAGCACCCAGGGCAAGGCAAGUAAUUUGCGCCCCCUAACCCGUGGAUUUGCGCCCCCUAACCCGUGGAUUUGCGCCCCCUAACCCCCAGAUGUUGCGCCCGGUGCGGCCGGCCCCCCCUGCACCCCCCACGCUACGCCACUGGUAAUAUGUCUCCAGUGCAGAUAGAUGCUCGCUGAGCAUAGAAUGGCAGAUGACACUGGUUGUAAGGGUCAGAUCACUUCUGAGCAGUGCUGGAUUUAUGUAUAAGCUAAACAAGCUAUAGCUUAGGGCCCCAGUCUCUUGGGGGCCCCUAAAAAAUUCACUAUUAAUAUACUUCUUCUGAAUUAAUAAUAAUAAUAAUAAAUUUUAUUUGUAUCCCGCCCUCCCCUGCCGGAGCUGGGUUCAGAGCGGCUAACAUCAUAUAAAACACAAUAUACAUAAAAACAAACAAUCGAUUAAAAUGCAUCCCAAAAUUAAUUCAAAUAAAUUAAAAUUAGACUGUAUAAAUGGCCAUCCUCAGGUUAAAAUUGAAAGCUGUUAAUACUUGCCAGGACCGACUAUUUCCACUGAUAUUAUAAGGACCUGUGAGCGGGCUGGGAAACCUCCUUCGUACUUGUUCAUACAAAGAGAAAAUGAGUCAGACUGAACCCUGGCCAAAGGCCUGGCGGAACAGUUGUGUCUUGCAGGCCCUGCAAAAAGAUGUCAAAUCUCCUUGCGGCCCUGGUCUCUUGUGAGAGAGCAUUCCACCAGGUUGGGGCCAUGACCGAAAAGGCCCUGGCUCUGGUUGAGGUCAGUCUAAUCUCCCUGGGGCUUGGAAUCUUCAGGGUGUUGUUAUUUGUAGACCGUAAGGUCCUCCAUGGGGAAUACCAGGAGAGGCGGUCCCAUAGGUACGAGGGUCCUAGGCUGUUUAGGGCUUUAAAGGUUAAAAGCAGCACCUUAAACCUGAUCCUGUAAUUGUAUUUCAGUUCAACAAUUGCUUUGAUAAAAUACAUAUUUUGUUAUGUGCAAAUGGCUUUAGAUACCUAUUAGGUCCAUAAAUUACCCUAUAGCAUAUAUUCAACACAAAAAACAGUGACAAUUUGUUGUUGACAAAGGACAGCUGGACAUAUAAAGGACCCCAUUACCUUCAGUAGGUUAGGGCCUCAUCAAACCUAAAUCCGGUCCUGCUUCUGAGCAGAUACUUGUCUCAUAUCGAUCAUUCAAAGGACAUGAAAGCAUGUUCUCCUUGGGGCAGUGCUCCUUGGCCCAUCGGAUCAAAGCUGCAGAGAUUAUUUACAUUCCCUGUAGUGUUAGUUAAUCCAGAGGUAGCUACAGAUGCUUCACUGUUAUGCACUUGUGCUAAUUUUGUGGCUGUCGACCUCUUCCAUCCAGUCACCAUCUCAAUGCGACUCAUCAGGAAUACUACAUCAACAUCACCAGUCACUUCUGGCAUUCCCCCGUCCGCGCCAGCGUCUCUGUUUUUGCCAGCCUUUGCCAGUACUUCCAUUUUCCCAGCAUGCAGUGGAGUGCAGAUGGAGUGACCCCAACAGCUGCCACCAGCCCCAAGGAGAUUGUCUGCCUGACGGAGCAUCUCACUGUCUUUGGGGGUAGCCUCUUUGUGCCUCUUCACAGUGUUGUCUUCUUGCCACCGGUAAGAACUUCCUUUUCAGUUAGACAUGCAGAGGGAAGAUGAGUGGGCAAGGCUCCCAUCAGUCGGUGGGCAACAUCUUGUUAACAUUGAUCUCCUUGAGAUAUGCAUGGCCCUAAUGGGGAGGAUAUUCCAAGCCUGCGCUACUUGGGAUCCUCCUCACAGAAUAUCAGGCUCCAGCCAUGUAUAGAAAGACCCACCAAAUGCUGUUUUGGCAGUCCCAGGCAAGCAAGCCCAAAUGCCCAGGAUUUUAUAUAUUCUUUACUCGUGGUACUACCUGUGGUGCUACUACCUGUGGUACCCGUGAGCUACCACCUGUGGCUGGUAUGAGUUGUGUGCGCAUCACAAGCUGUUUAAUCAGUUUUCCCAAAACACAACAAACUUCAGGUGUCAAGCAUGAAGUGACGUAACAUCCAUUAGGAUGACCAAUGAAGCACACUAAUCCAAAGGAAGAAUUAAAUAAAACACCUGCAGGAUACAUUUAAUAAUAAUAAUAAUAAUAAUAAUAAUAAUAAUAAUUGUGGAGCUUGGAAGAUCAAACAUAUGUGCAGCCUAUUAGAGUAGCAGAAAACAAACAGUUACGUUGCAGAUUUUGUGGCCUGAUAUAUUGUAAUGCAUGGUCCACAAUGACUUGGAAACAGAAAGCCUUGUCUCCUUUAGAGUACGGGUAAGAAGCAUCAUCUGCUUGGCUUUAAUGUGAGAUCAGCAAAGCAAGGGAUGGCUUGGGGGGGGGGCAGGAUGGUGCAGUGCAUUUCACUCCUGUUGAAUUGCGUGGUGUGUAAACCAUGUAGAGAUUUGUUUAAAUGUGAGUGGUAUAUUAAGUGCCCAAAUAUAUAAAUAAAGGUCUAUGCAGAACUGGCUAAACUGACAUACAAACUUCGAGAUAAGGACAACUGUGACUUCAAAGAAGAAUGAAACUAUCUAAAAAGACAACAAAAUGAACUGGACUCCUUGGCAGGUUUUGAAUAAACCUACACAAAUUUAUUGAUGGUUAAUAUGGUAGAUAGAUAAUAUAAGGAUUUAUACAAUAUUACAGUAUGCAGAGAACAAUAUGUGUUGAGAAAUCAGAGAGAGGAACUGAGAGAAGUCUUGGGAGGGAGGGAGGGUUCGUUGGGGAGGUGGGGGGAAGGGAAAAAAUAAUGAAUAUGAUAUGUUUUGAUAUGUUGAAAUUGUGUGUGUGUGUAUAGCAGAGAACCACAGUUUCUCCACUGGUUGGUUAACCUGGAGCCUUCCCCUCCUCCCCCGCUAUGCACGCCAAUCCCAGUCUGCUUAAUUUUUUUCAGAGGAAGCAUUCCUGGCAGAGUCCCUUGGCACUGAUCACUUGCACCGUCCUUUUCUCCAUUUACCUGGGGAUAGCAUUGAUAUCCCACAAGCUGGACGACAUUGACAUCACUCGGGUAGGGAUCAUCCCUCGGUGUGGUCAGCCUGGACGGUACAAGUACUGGCUGAUAGUGAAGACCGGCUGGAAAAGAGGCUCAGGUAGGGAUGGGAAGAGACAGGGUAUUGUUCUGACAGCCCGUUUCACCAUUGAACAUGCUUCCGUACUCGCCCUUUCCCCUGGUAUUUGCACCUUCCACUCACUCCUGAGAAAUUUGUUUGUCUUUAAGGUGCUACGAGACCCUUUGUUGUAAAGAGCUAAUGAUUCACAGGAGUUUAAUUUAACAUUACCUUCCGCUAUGCUGCACAUCUUUUGAAGGUACCACAGCCCAUAUAGGGAUCCGAUUAUAUGGGCUGAACAAAAGCGGCUCUCGCCACCUGGACAAGGGCUGGGCCUUCCAGAGAAACAGCCAGGAUAUUUUCCAAAUAGAAACGGAUGCAAACCUAGGAGAGAUUUGGAAGAUCCAUGUCUGGCAUGAUAACACGGGUAUGACUUGACAAUCAAUGCUCUUUUUGUGCUUUUAAAUUUUUAAAAUACAUUUAUGUUCUACCUUUCCUCGUAGGAGUUCAGGGGCAAUGUGCAUGAUUCCCCUGCCUCCCAUUUCACCCUUAGGUUAAGAGAUACUGGAUAGGUCUCCCCAGUUCUCGUCCAACACUCUAACCCAGGGGUCAGCAAUCUUUUUCAGCAGGGCCGGACUAUAUUUUGGAAAAAAAAUGAACUAAUUCCUAUGCCCCACAAAUAACCUAGAGGUGCAUUUUAAAUAAAAGCACACAUUCUACUCAUGUAAAAACACCAGGCAGGCCCCACAAAUAACCCAGAGAUGCAUUAUAAAUAAAAGAAUACAGUCAUACCUCAUGUUACAUUUGCUUCAGGUUGCACGUUUUCAGGUUGUAUUCCGCGGCGACCCGCAAGUACCGGAAACUGUUACUUCCGGGUUUCACCGCUUGCGUAUGCACAGAUGCGCAAAAAUGACAUGCGCUUGCGCAGACGCGGGUUGUGUUCUUUUCAAGUUGUGAACGGGCCUCAGGGAUGGAUCCCGUUUGCAGCCAGAGGUACCACUGUACAUUCUACUCAUGUAAAAACAUGCUGAUUCCCGGACCGUCUGCGGGCCAGAUUUAGAAGGUGUUUGGGCCAGAUCCAGCCCCCAGGCCUUAGUUUGCCUACCCAUGAUCUAACCACUACAUUACACUGCAGAGCAAAAAGCAAGGUGCCCACAGUCCAGAAAGCCCAGUCUUGGAAUUUGCUAUGGACAGCAGAAUUUCUAGGUAGCCAGGUACCUUUGAGUGUUCACAAGCAGGUUGUGAUGGUGUUGGCUUUCCCUGGUUGUCCCUGAGUCUGGCAUUCUGCUUCAUGUAACGAUUCAGCAUAAGACUGCAUGCACACCAUAAAUUUAAAGCACAUGACUUCCCCCAAAGAAUCCUGGGAAUUUUGUUUGUUAAAAGUGCUGGGAAUUGUAGCUCCUUGAGGAAUAAACUCACAGGAUUCUAUGGAGGAAGUCAUGUGCUUUAAAUGAAUGGUGUCUGUGCAGCCUGAUAGCCUUUAAUAGAUCUUCCUUCCAUGAAUUUGCUAAGUUUAUUUCCAUCAUCAAAUGUUGUAAAUUGAUUACACUAUAACCCAGUGGUUCUCAAAGGGAGAAGACCACAAAUGUGGCAGGAAGAUUCAAGGACAAUCAAAGAAACAUUUAAACAUUUCUGUAUAGUGUAGUAUCAAAUAUUUUUAUUUAUUUAUUUGCAGAAUAUGGAUAGAUAUCUUCAAAAUGAGAGCAAGAGCGUCAAGUGAUACUGAGGAUACUAGCUGUGUUUUGAAAUGUAUUUCUUAUCAAUAAAAAAUUCAGUGUGGCACAAGCAAAUUUUUAUUAAAGUGUGACCCAGAGAAAUAAGUCUGAGAACCACUGUGCUAAGCCAAGCUGUGUGAACAUAAAGGAUCCCAGAGAGGAGCUCACAAUUGCUGUGCUCUUCCCUGUUCCCUUCAGCUGCUGCGCUGUGCUAUGCCAAAGUUUGGCUUAGUGUGGUUUCUGAACCAGGACUCGGGAUUAAGUUCUUUCCUCCUUAACUGCAAACUAAAUCCAAAAAAAAACAAUCAAAAGGGACCAGGCAGGAGCAAAGUUUCUGGGAGCCCAUCUCUGGGCACCCACCCAUUUGAGUGGUCCGGUGCCCCCUGUUGCCACAGUCCUGAACAGUUGUCAUUCAACUAGUUGUUUGGGGGAUGUUGGCUUCACCAUCUUUCUUUAUGACCAGGUCUGGACCCCUCUUGGUACCUGCAGCACGUUAUUGUAUGGGACAAGCAGACAGACAAUAUGUACUUCUUCCUAGUGGAGGACUGGCUGUCUGUGGAAAAUGAAAAGAAUGAGGGAAUGGUGGAAAAAGAGGUCCUUGCAGCAUGUGAGUUGAUAGCCUGUGGGAAUAGUGUCCUGACCACUGCAGUUUUCAUAGGUAUUGGUAACCACGGGACUAGAAAAUUGGCUGGGUAGUUGAAACCAGUAUGGGAUAUCAAGUCUCUGGUAUCCUACAUUAGUCUACCCUUCUUGGCCCUUGUUUAUUUAUUUCAUAAAAUUUAUACACCGCUUGAUUGUAAAAAAAGAACCCUCAAAGCAGUUUACAAAAACAGUUGCCACUUCCAGAGCAAAGUACUAUAUAGUUGCACCUUGGAAGUCUAACAGAAUCCAUUCUGGAAGUCCAUUCGACUUCCAAAACAUUCAGAAACCAAAGCGCGGCUUCUGAUUGGCUGUAGGAAGCUCCUGUAGCCAAUCGGAAGCCCCGUUGAACAUUCAGCUUCCAAAAAUAGUUCACAAACCGGAACCCUUACUUCCAGGUUUGCGACGUUUGGGAGCCAAAACGUUCGAGAACUAAGCUGUUCGAAAACCAAGGUAUGACUGUACAGUAGUGAUGAGUUGACAUAGCUUACAUCUUGCCUUGAACACUGGGCAGUUUCUUAAUAUUUUUUUUUUUAAAAGAUAUUUAUUAAGAUUUUCAAAAUAUUACAAAACAAAAACAAAAAAGAGAAAAAAAUAAAAAAAUAAAAAUGGCUAAAAACAACUCAAUCUUUCCAUUACUUGUUUUUCAUUAGCUUAUUUCCCGGACCUCCUCAUACCUCCCUUUUUUGUAUUCCAGCUCAGUUUGUUGGUUCAGCAAAUCCCUACCCUCUUUGUUUAUCCUAGUCCUUAAUCUUAAAGUAUUGUAACGUUAAAUUUUUACCUAUUUAUAAUCCAUUUUUCAUAUUCCCUUAUAGUAUUACAGCUGAAAACCACUUAAUUUCUAUCCAACAUCAUUCUAACAUUCAUUAAUUUUACAAUAUUUCUGUAGAUAGUCCUUAAAUUUCUUCCAAUCUUCUUCCACCGACUCUUCUACCUGGUCUCGGAUUCUGCCAGUCAUUUCCGCCAGUUCCAUAUAGUCCAUGGCAGUUUCUUAAUAUUAAGACCAGCAUCAGCACCCUUGAGCAGCUGCUGGGACCCAAGUCGUAGGCAUUUUGGUCCACCCACUCUCUUGACUGCAGCUGGUUCUGGGAAUCAUUGCACCAUUCCAGGGGCACUGUGGGUAAUUUAGAUGGUUGGUGGAUUCCCAGAGUCUGCCACUGCUAACAGGUAAGCCUAACGGGGCAGAGACCAAUCAUGGGAGCCAACCAUGUGGGCACCUUGCCCCCACCCCGAUUUAAAGCCAGAUCUGUUUUAACGCACACACUCAUUUUCUUCUUUCUCUGAACUACUUUCUUUGAGCGCUUUCUCAUUCGCUUUACUUCCUCUUUCUCAGUCUGUUGCAUCUAAUUAUCAAUCACAUGGUGACUUGUGGCCCCUUUAUCACUAGACCUCAGCCUGCCUCAGAAGCCAUUCUUGUCCCUAGAGGUGGGGGCUUUAAUCCCAGCCAAACUUUCCUUUCCCUCACAAAAUAAAAUAAAAAAUGUGGGUUUUGGGGAACUGGAAUGUUUUUAUUAUUAUUUGUGUUUUUAUUGUUUAUUACCGUAUUUUUCGCUCUAUAAGACACACCAGACCACAAGACGCACCUAGUUUUUGGAGGAGGAAAACAAGAAAACAAAUGUUCUGAAUCUCAGAAGCCAGAACAGCAAGAGGGAUUGCUGUGCAGUGAAAGCAGCAAUCCCUCUUGCUGUUCUGGCUUCUGGCAUAGCUGCACAGCCUGCAUUUGCUCCAUAAGACGCACACACAUUUCCCCUUACUUUUUAGGAGGGAAAAAGUGAGUCUUAUAGAGCAAAAAAUACGGUAAUUUUGUUGGUCACUUAAUACAAAAGGGGGGAAACAGGAUAAAAUGCUGCAGAUAAAACAAUUAAAACUGGAAAAGUUAAAACAGUGAAUGCAAAAACACACAAAAUGCUCAUCCAAUAACAUAUUAAUAAGGGCAAGUUCUAACCAAUCCAUUAAAGGAUGGGCACCACCAUAGGGGCCCAUUUAAUUACCAAAGGCCUGAGUAAUUGAAAAAGGUUGGGGGGGAUGUUUCUGUGAAAAACACUGUGACAUUUUGCACAUGAUAUUCUUCAAUUUUUUCAUAUAUGAAAAGUUUUGUGCAUCACUGACAAGGUAACUGCUGCCCAAAAUUAGUGACAAGUCCAGUAGUUAAAUAAUUAUGACAAUGGUGAUGCUGGCUAGAGGAAAUAAGGAUGGUUCAGCAUGAAGAGAUGCUGUCGGCAGCAACUAGGAGGCAGUGAAUUUGGUUUCUGUUAUUGUUUACAGGUCCACAGGAACUGAGAUGCUUUUCCCGAAUUUUCCCUGCGCAGAUGCACCUUGGGUUUUCCGACUGGCACAUCUGGCUUUCUGUUUGGAGCCGUCCUCCUAACAGCCGCUUUACCCGGGUACAGAGGCUCACUUGCUGCCUGCUCAUGGCUCAGCUCUUCCUAGCUACGUGUGCCGUCUGGUAUGGUGCAGUUGGAGUUAAGGGCCACAGGUGAGCAUAUCUGGGAACAAGGGAUGGAAUGCGCAACAGGUGCAAACAGAAAGGAAGGAUGAGCUCAGUGGAAUGUUACUGACACACCAUCCAUUUAAAACACAUGACACUCUCUUCCCCCCAAAUCAUGGGGUGGGGGAUGGCCUUGGUCCAGAAUACCUGAAGGAGCGUCUCCACCCCCAUCGUUCUGCCCAGACACUGAGGUCCAGCGCCGAGGGCCUUCCUUCAUUGCAAGAAGCGAAGUUACAGGGAAUCAGGCAGAGGGCCUUGUCGGUAGUGGCACCCGCCCUGUGGAACGCCCUCCCACCAGAUGUCAAAGAAAUUAACAACUAUAUGACUUCUAGAAGACAUCUGAAGGCAGCCCUGUUUAGGGAAGCUUUUACUAUUCGAUGAAUUAUUAUAUUUUAGUAUUUUGUUGGAAGCCACCCAGAGUGGCUGGGGAAAUCCAGCCAGAUGGGCAGGGUAUAAAUAAAUUAUUAUUAUUAUUAUUAUUAUUAUUAUUAUUUAUUAGACCUUUGGCCAAAGAGCUCGAAGAGCUACAGUUCCCAGCAUCUUAACAAACUACAGUUCCCAGGAUGCCUGGGGGAGAGGGGAGUUAGAUGCUUUAGCUGUAUGGCUAUAAUCAGAUGGCUCCUUUCGAGCGCUGACUAUCUGAUGCAUGGAUAUUAUGUUUGUGUGUGUGGUCUAAAAACUGUGCCCUCAGAAAGGAGUCCACAUAAAAUAUGACACUAUUCAGAUCAUUGCUCAUUUACUCUAGGCUUUGGCUAAAUGGCUAAAUCUACAUUUUUUCCCCCUGCAGCUAUCCUGUUGGAAGACAGAUUUCUGUGACUGCAGAGAGCAUUGUGGUUGGAAUAACUGCAGCAGUCAUGGUUUACCCAAUACAACUACUCUUCAGUUUUCUCUUCCGGAAAACACGCAGUAAGGUACCUCCUUCAAUCAUAAAGGCGACAUGGAGAGAAAGCUAACCAGGAACCGAGGAAGGAAAGCCACAAAAACAGACAUAACUGAUAAGAAUAGGAAGAAUACAAGUGCUAUAGAAUCAUAGAGCUGGAAGGGACCGCUGAGUCAUGAAUCGUUUCCUUUACAUUGUGAAAUGAAUUAGAAAUUGCCAAGCAAGUGCUGAGUGGAACACCAGCCUCUCAAGUGGGUGGCAGCAGGACAAGGACCCCACUGAAUGUUUGGUUAGGGUGUGUGAACAUGUCCCCUCUGUCCAACAGAUUGUAAUAGAAGAUCCUGACCCGCCUGCUCAGGACUGCCAGACUGUGGAGAUGGAUGUGUCUCUUGACUGCUCUAACUUGGGUAGCUCCUCCUUCUUAUCUGUCCCUGGAAGAAUGGAGUCCAUUGUGGAUAUGGGUUCUGUUGGCAGUGUGAGUAGAGCUAUUCUGUGGGCCUCAUAGUGGCAAUAGAAAGAAUUUCCACAGUGUUAUAUGGAACAGCCAAAUGCUGAACUUGCAUGAGAUCCUGUAACCAACCAGCAACCUCCCCAGGCUUGAGCUAUUGUUUUAAAAAGCAUUUAUAUCAAUAUAUAAUGUUCAAAGUGCUAUACAUAUAUUAUCUUGAUUGUCUUUACAAGAACCCUGUGAGGUAGUUUGAUUGCUUGUUUCUUAUCAUCAUCAUCAACAUCAUCAUCACCCCCAUGUUGCAAAUGCAGGAGCUGAGUCUGAGAAACUGUGGCUUACCUAAGACCAGCUAGUGAGCUUGUAGUUGAGGAGAGGUUUGGAUUUCCUGGUUUAAACUCCUGCCUCCUCAUCCCACUGCAGGGGAUUUGGCUACCAAGGACAUCUAGAGGGCAUAUUGCAUUUUCAAAGCUGCUGCUGCUUCUUUUUUUUACAAAAUAAAAUUCUUUGUUGUGAUGCCUUUGUCAGCCACUUCCAUCUUAAAAGAGCUGCUUUGCUGGAAUAAAUUCUUCAGGUCGUGUGAUACAUUUGCAGGAGUAAAGAAAAACGGUAUCCACCUUUAUUUUAUGUUCUACACAACUAUAAAAGGUGGUGCCCUGUCAUCUAUUUCAUCUAGUCACCCUCAGUUUGACUUCCGUUCAAUAUGACAUAGUAGCAGAGAGAUUAGUUUACUUCUAUACCCUGAAUGGUAAUCGGGAUGAAGGUUCCUUUGAGGUUUACAUUUCUUGGUUUUAUGUGGCAUCCAUACUUGGCAUUUCCCUCCCUUUUGACCAUUUUUAUUUGUUUUAUUUUGUCUUUUACAGGAAUCCCUCUUUAGUAGAAAGCCAGUUUCCAACCAGAAGGACUUCAUAGGCAACGACAGGUAUUGUUACAACACUGCGUGGCAAUAGCAAAAAUAGCAAGGGAGCAUGACAGUUUCAUCUUGGUCCUAGAAACAGCUCUCCCAUGAUGCUGCUUCAUCUCGUGUGGGCGGGUGCGCACGCAUCGGGACAAAGCAUGUAAUAAAUCUCAUGUUUAGUUUGGUCCUCAGAGUGGUGAGUUAGCCACACAACAACCCUGAGAAAUUAUGACUUUGCUUACAGCUAUCCAGCAACCUUCUUAGUUGAGUGGAACCUUGGAUUUCUGCUGGCAUAUCCAAGCACUUAGCUACAGUAGCAUCCUGGCUUUGGUAGGUUUGUCUGAGCAGACUCUUGAGGCACAAGAAUAUUUUCUCACCCUAGAACAGCCUUCCCUAACCCAGUUCCUACCGAUGAUGUUGGUUGCUGGCUCUCUCAUUAGCCCCAGCCAGAAGGGGCAAUGGUCAGGGAUGUGAAAGUCUGUUUCAGAUUGUCUAGCUACAGUUGAAGCAUCCUCAACUAGUUAAACAAGGUGUGAGCUUCCUACUGGCCAAGGUUCUGACCUUAUUCAGGUGCCUUUUCAAAAAUCUGCAGGGCUGCCAAUCAAUGGCCUUCAUGCAACAGCAUCUUUGAUAUUCCUGACCUUCUGAACUCUGACCCCCUGAUGAAUGGAAGUCGGAUUCUCAAGAGGAAGAAGGCAAUUGCAAAGUUGGGAAUUGACUCCAUGUCCAGUUCUGAUGAUGACCCCCUGUCCUUUUCAUUCAGAGAUUCUGAGGACAGUAGGAGGUCGAGCUGUGGCCAUCACUCUGGUAAUCUCCUACCACAUUUUUCCUACUAUGUCUCCCUUGCACUCAGUCUCUCUCACACAUAGAUUCACUCAUGUUUAUGAGUAAAAGUUUGGCAGUGGUAAAAAAAUGAACCAAAGGUUUACUUGGUAGAUUAAUCAACCUAGGCUGCAAUCCUAAAUAAUACUCACUAGGGGAGUAGGUCCCACUGAACACAGCAGGGUUCGCUGUUGAGUAAACAUGUCUAGGAUUGCACUGCAUCCUUUUACUGAUAAAUUUGGGCCAAUCAUAAGUGAAAGCAAUUUCCAGCUGGUUUAGGGUACACUUGUUUGUUUGCUUUUUAUGCUAUUUUGAUUCUGAAAAGGAACUUUGAAAGUUGGCCUUCCUCAUAAUGAGUUACUUCUUCCUAUAUACAUAAAAAUGUAAGGCUGUCAUCACGCAGAUCCCCUUUGGAGGAUUUGUAAUGAAAAAGGUGCUUAGUAGUUGUAAUGUGCGGUAGGAGGAAUGGACAUAGGGAUGAAGGUGGAAAGUGGGGUGCAAAGCAGGGCUGCAAAAUAGGUGAGAGAAUUGGCUUCAGAAAUGGGGUUGGGAAGGUGAAAAGGAAGCUUAGCUGCAUGAAGGCCUAGGAGUAGGGUCUACUUUAUAACUUUGGUUUUUCUUAUUGUCCCCACAGCGGAAGGUUUGCUCAACUGUGUUGUUGACAGAACUCAGGAGAACAUCUCUGACUGUGUCACAUCUGACAGUGGCCGGUUUUCACCUCAAGUUGAAGCAGAUCUCAUCUAUGAUGGGUAUGUUGCCUGGUCUGCUGCUGCCUUGAGCAGCCAUUCUACUCAAGAGAUGGGGGCUCGUAGGGGCGGAGGGAACAAGGCCUUUAAGACAGUAAAUGAAUGGACAGCCCAAACUCGUAAUAAUUAAUAUCUCAAUCAAUUGAGUUAUACACAUAAAUACAGUAAUUCAUUCCCAUUUGGGUUGUUUUCAGUUUAAAAAGCAUAUUUUGGUUAAUGAAAACAGACAGAUAUGUGGUGAAAGUGGUUUGAGGCAUUGCUUUUCUAGGCAGAGAGGCUGUGUUCAAACUGAUUCUGCUACACUUAGAUUGCGUGUAUCUGCACCCCCAGCACAAUGUAUCUCAAAGUGAGGUCUGAACAAGCUAAGCCUGAUUAUUAUUAUUAUUAAAAAAUAAUAUAUUUAAAGUAUUAUUAUAUAUUUAUUUAUACCACCAAAUAAAAACCACCAAAACCAGAAAAUAAUAAUUAAACAACAGGGAAACAUUGAUAGAAUUGUUGUUGUUUAGUCAUUUAGUCGUGUCCGACUCUUCGUGACCCCAUGGACCAGAGCACACCAGGCACUCCUGUCUUCCACUGCCUCCCGCAGUUUGGUCAAACUCAUGCUGGUAGCUUCCAGAACACUGUCCAACCACCUCGUCCUCUGUCGUCCCCUUCUCCUUGUGCCCUCCAUCUUUCCCAACAUCAGGGUCCUUUCCAGGGAGUCUUCUCUUCUCAUGAGGUGGCCAAAGUAUUGGAGCCUCAGCUUCACGAUCUGAUCGUUUAUAGAAUUAAAACUCUAUAUAUCAUUAUUAUUAUAUUAUAUUAUAUUAUAUUACACAUAUUAUUCAACCCAAGUGCAAUAGCAGCAAGCCUCAUCCAACCUCAUCCUGGUGCAAUAGCAGCAAGCCUGCAUUAGCCUGAAAAUUAGACAUGUCUGUGCCAGCCUAGCCUGGACAGGGCUGUGAGCUGCCUGUAGCCCCCCCCCCCCCCUUCUGAAAUGGCUCCUAUGCGUUGUUGUACCUUCCUUGGUGGCUGAGACACGUCCUUUGCCUCUAAUUCUGGCACAUUCUUCUUUUGUUCCCUUGGCUGGCAGAAUGGAAAGUCCUAGUAGUGGCUGGUCCGAUGGGAUUGUGCAGCAUGGAAGCAGCUGGGGCUUACUACGGAAGUCGUUCUCUUACAUCUCUGCUAUGACCAAUAUUGGCAGCGCUUUCUUUUCUGACCUGGAACUUCCUCCUGCUACUGUUUCCUCGCUUUCUACCCGGAUUGGUAUGUGUGAACACUAAUGGGAUAUGUCCUCAUAGACUUGUAUUAUGGGAGCCUCAGUGCUGGGACAGGGGGCACCUGUAAUAUGACGUAACAUAGAUUAGAUUUCCCUUAGCACACUUUAAUUUCCCUUUGGACAUAUGAUCAAGGCAGCUAAAUUGCUUCUCCCACCUUUUGCACAGUUGUUUAAAGGCAGAAUCAGAAUUUUAUUCUGAGUUGGGACAUAGUAAUUAUUCUGGAUUAACUAAUGCAGGAUGGGACGCAGGUGGUGCGCCUAGGACAGAGCCUAGGACUUGCUGAUCAGAAGGUCGGUGGUUCGAAUCCCCGCGACAGGGUGAGCGCCCGUUGCUCGGUCCCUGCUCCUACCAACCUAGCAGUUUGAAAGCACGUCAAAAUGCAAGUAGAUAAAUAGGUACCGCUCCAGCGGGAAGGUAAACCGCGUUUCCGUGCGCUGCUCUGGUUCGCCAGAAGCGGCUUAGUCAUGCUGGCCACAUGACCUGGAAGCUGUACGCCGGCUCCCUCGGCCAAUAAAGCGAGAUGAGCGCUGCAACCCCAGAGUUGGGCACGACUGGACCUAAUGGUCAGGGGUCCCUUUACCUUUUAACUAAUGCAGGGGUGGUGGGGGGAAGAAACAGAGUCUGUUUUUCUUUUCACAUAAUUCAUUGACCAGGUGAAGAUAAUGCCUGGACUCCUGUGCAACAAAAAGGCAUGCCACUUUCAUGGCGCUCUCAAGGGCUGACAAAGGAUAGGAUGUUGCAGCGUUUGAUCCUGGUCAAAUUUUACCCCUGACAACUUAUCCCUUUCUGUUGUUGCAUCUAGACUUUGGAAUACUCUCCUCAGAGAAGAUCAUCUGCCCCUUUCCAUAAUAUCUUUCAGCGAAAACAAUUUUAUUUAUGCAUACUGUUAAAGUAAAAAGCAGAUAAAUGGCUGUAGGAGGUUGCUUUGAGUUUCUGUAUUCAUACAGUCGUACCUUGGUUCUCGAAUGCCUUGGUACUUGAAUGUUUUGGCUCCCGAAAGCUGCAAACCCGAAAGUGAGUGUUCCGGUUUGCAUACAUUUUUCGGAAGCCGAACGUCCAACGUGGCUUCCAAUUGAGUGCAGGAAGCAAGUGCAGCCAAUCGGAAGCCACGCUUUGGUUUUCGAACAGUUCCAGGAGUUGAACGGACUCCCAGAACGGAUUAAGUUCGACAACCAAGGUACAACUGUAUAUGCUUUCCCAAAGUAGUAUAUUAUUGUUUUCUCUUUUGUGAUUUUACAUGAUUUUAUUGUUUUGAAUUUAUUUUGUUGGGAACACACUGGCGUUAAUACUGUUGGACACUGUGUGUUUAUGCUACAUAUAUUGUUUUGGAAUAUUAUUUGUUUCUUUUUAAAAAAUAAAUAAAUUGGACACUUUAAAGUGGAAAUGCAGAAUGAAUAUGGUUUCACUUGAGUGAUGUCCCCUUAUGGACCUUGAGGCAUUGAGGAUGAGAUUGCUUUCUUAAAUUGGGCAAGGUGCAUUUUCUGGUUAGGAGGAGGCGAUACUUGGAGCAAGGGUAAUUUUGCCCUGCCCUGAUGGAUUGAUAUAAUAGAUGAAUGCCGUGUCCACCUAACAGAGAUAGAAAUGCUCAUGGCUGCUUUCAUACAGAUGAAAUCAAAGCUCUUGGGAAGAGGAUCCUGGGAUUCUUCCAAAUAAAAGGGAUGUAACUCCAGGUGCUUGGUUGUCUUCAUUUUAGGGGUGCCCCGAAGACCUCAGGAAUGGCUCUUCCCUGCUGGAAUGCUCCCAGCUAUCUACAUAGCCAUCUUCUUGCUGCUUGCUGGCUGUUUCUCCAUCAAUAUCUUAUAUGGCUCCUCCUUCCUUGACCACACUGCCUUGAUGUGGCUGAUCUCCUCUGCCUUUGCUUUCGCCACAUCUUUCAUCUUUUUGGAGCCAAUGAAGGUAAUAGCAUAACAAAAUUCAUUGGCACUGCUGGAAUUUUCUCAACGGUCACACCUGCUAUAUAUAUAUACAGUGGUACCUUGGUUCUCAAACUUAAUCCAUUCCGGAAGUCUGUUCCAAAGCCAAAGUGUUCCAAAACCAAGGCAUGCUUUCCCAUAGAAAGUAAUGCAAAACAGAUUAAUCCAUUCCAGACUUUUAAAAACAACCCCUAAAACAGCAACUUAACAUGAAUUUUACUAUCUAACGAGACCAUUGAUCCAUAAAAUGAAAGCAAUAAUCAAUGUACUGUACUGUAAAAUAAAUAAGACAGUAUAGUAGAUGAUUAAAAAUUAAUUUUUUAAAAAAAAUCUUACCUGCACUGAUGAUGGUCAUUGUUUGGAUGAGGGGCUUUUAUCCAUUUCUGCAGUCACACAAUCAAUCAAUCAAUCAAUAGCUGAACUGGGUACCACCCAGUCACAAAAACAAAUUAACCUAAAAAGCCUCAAAAACAAAAACGCAAAAUAAAUAGCAAAAACAAAAGCGCCAAACUUAAUCCAUUCCGGAAGUCCAUUUGACUUCCGAAAUGUUCAAAAACCAAGGCACAGCUUCUGAUUGGUGCAGGUGCCCCGGAAACAAUAGCCGACCGUCACAUCGGACGUUCGGCUUCUGAAAGACGUUCAAAAACUGGAACACUUACUUCCAGGUUUUCGGUGUUUGGGAACCAAGGUACCACUGUAUAGAUAAUGUUUAAACCAAAAAAGGGUUAUUGCAAACAACUCUGUAAUCAGCCUGUAAGCCUUUAAGUUCUUUUAAGACACAGUUGGCCAAACUAUGCAUGAUGUGGGAGAUCUGUGAUGUUUUAAUGCUUUCUUUUUAAUGAGAUAGUUCCUAGAUUAAGCAGUGGCACUGGGAAGGCUGUGCAUUUAACAGUCUCUUUCCCAUUCUAUAUGUUCCUGACCAAAAUCCCCUCCCCUGCUUAUGGGAAAUCUAAUGACUUUUCAAUUUAAUGCGUAGUUUCCCUCUAAACCAAAGUAAGGGCUAUUUGUACAACUGGCCUGCUAAUAAAAGGCUGGGAAGAAAAACUAGUGAAUUUUUAAAAAAGAAAUCAGCAGAAAGGCUGCCCGUGAAGUAUAUUCUUGGUCAGAGUCAAGAAGUGCCAUGAUAUCCACUCAUAAGUCUAGAGAGAAGGCCAAUGAAAUCUUGAAAGAACAGGUUUGUGUAUUGAAUUAACACUUUCUGUACAGUGGUACCUUGGGUUAAGAACUUAAUUCGUUCUGGAGGUCUGAUCUUAACCUGAAACUGUUCUUAACCUGAAGCACCACUUUAGCUAAUGGGGCCUCCUGCUGCCGCUGUGCCGCCGGAGCACGAUUUCUGUUCUCAUCCUGAAGCAAAGUUCUUAACCUGAGGUACUAUUUCUGGGUUAGCGGAGUCUGUAACCUGAAGUGUCUGUAACCCAGGGUACCACUGUACUAGGAUUCCCUGGCAUCUCCAGGGAUUGAAAGACUCUUGGUAGGUGGGGGUUUGGGGUGCAACGCUGGCAAGCUGGCACCAAUUAGUGUUGACAGUGCUUAACUAAAUGGGCUGACUUGGCAGAAGACAGUUUCCUCUGCCCCUCCAGCAAUGCCUUUGAGAAUAUACCUGCUUUCUCAGGUGCUCUUUGGGGCUCUGCAUGCCGCUCUCAUCAGCAAGCCAGUGGAGAGCGAAGCUGAUGGGCUGGUGGAGAAGCCCUUGGUUAAGCAGAUGCCCGAACGAGUUGGGAAGGUGCGCGUGCCCUGUGGUUAUGGGCUGCUGCAGGCCAAGGAAGAGGCCAAGAAAGUCCGAGCUCUCAAAGGAUUGAUGUGGGUAAGUGACUUCUUCCCUUGUGCAAAAUGUUGGAAUGGGUGGCUUGAGGAACCGCACAAAUGAUGGAGGUGGGAAAGAAGAAUGGUGCAAUUGAUAGAAUAUUCAGUUAGGCUCUAAGCAAUGACGCUCUAAUAAUAAUAAUAAUAAUAAUAAUAAUUUAUUAUUUUUACCCCGCCCAUCUGGCUGGGCUUCCCCAGCCACUCUGGGCGGCUUCCAACAAAAUAUUAAAAUACAGUAAUGCAUCAAACAUUAAAAGCUUCCCUAAAUAGAACUGCCUUCAGAUGUCUUCUAAAAGUCUGGUAGUUGUUGUUCUCUUUGACAUCUGCUGGGAGGGUGUUCCACAGGGCGGGUGCCACCACCGAGAAGGCCCUCUGCCUGGUUCCCUGUAACUUGGCUUCUCACAGCGAGGGAACCGCCAGGAGGCCCUCGGUGCUGGACCUCAGUGUCCGGGUAGAACAAUGGGGGUGGAUACGCUAUACUGGACCGAGGCCGCUCUAAGCAAUGGAGCAAUGAAUAAAGAUGGCUAGAGGAAGAAGAUACCUAAGGACACAGGAAGACCCCUCCUAGAUCAGAUCUAGUGCUGUAUCCUGUUCUCUCAGUGGCCAGAGGUAGUGGCAAUCAAGGUAAGAGGAGUGUGUUUGUGGGAGGGGAGGUUAUUGAUUUGUUUUUGGUUUAUUAUGUAUUUUGUGUUCUCAGUUUACAUCAGGCUACAACCAAACAGUGGGCCUGGUCCCUGACCCACAAGCUGGUGAUGAUCAGUGAAUUAGAAAAAACGAGAUUGCAAGUGUGAGGAUUUUCUUUGACCACUAGGUGUCAGAACAGAUUUAAAUUUCAACUUUAUUGAUAACGGCAGCUAAGGUUGGAGACCGAUUAUAAUUUGAAGUUGAAAGUUAGGAUGGCAGUGCAUCAGUGAUUCAAACAGGUAUAUAGAUUUCUUGUGGUGCCCCUAAGCUCUGCCAAACCAGUUUGACCAGAGAUGAUAACAGGGCAAAAGAAAUAACUGUCCAUCUCAAGAGCAAUACUGGAUGUAACUUGGCCUUUGAUAGCCUGGAGCCCUCCAGAUGUUUUGAACUACAACUCCCACUAGCCCUGGCAUUACACAGGGAUGCUGGUUAGGGCUGAUGGGAGUUUGUAGCAGCAAACAUCUGGAGGGCACCAGGCUGGCAAAGGCUGCUUUGAUGUGUAGCACCUUCAACUCUUUGAAAAACGUUUGCCCAAUAAGACUGUGGCAUUGACCUAAACAUUAGCGACUUGUCUUGCACAGGGACAAGUUCAUAUGGCUGGACCAGGGCUUCAGUGAAGUUAGUUAUCCUGCUGGUGUUCUGGACUGGUUUUAUAGGAUAGGAUAUUCCAUUCUAUGGAUAAUUUCUGCCUGGCUGGAUUUGAACUGAUCUGACCAAUAUUGUUUUGUACUUUAAACGACACGGAAAUCGAAUUUAAGGGUGGCAUAAAAGUGUUUUUAAUAAAUAAUAAUAAUAAAUAGUAAUGCAACCUUAAUUUUGUUGUUGUUGUCACUCAAUGGUAGUGUUAGGUGGUAGGAAAGCAUUACAUCUUUCUAUGUUUAAAUUAAAUAAUAAAUGCACAUUAGCGAUUUCUGGGGGUUUCGCCUCUUUGCAGUCUGGUUUUUGAUCACUCUCUUAUUGGCAGUACUUGACGUCCCUGUUCAUGCUCCAUCACAUUUGUUGCUUUCUUCUCCCACCUCCUCCUCUCCAGAACUGCCUCACUCAUAUGCUGUUCUUUCUGGUUGUGCUGACCAUCAAUUACCAGAGAUGCUUCCAUGACAACAACGUCCACCUCCUGCAUGCUGCUGUCAAACAGGCCAUCUCUGUGACAAACGACAAAGGACUGAACUUCACUUCUGUGCGCAGGUGAGCUCUCCAGAGAGAGGGGAUAUGGACAGAGGAGGCAGCUCACCAUCUCUAGAGAAACAUAAUAAAAAUUAUAUUUCAGGAAGACGCCACAUGACCAAAUAGUCAAAUGUGUCAAAGGACAAGUAAGUUGUCUUUGAACAAAGCUGCAAAUACAAUCAGACGUGGCCCAACUGCUUGUCCAUCUUGCCAGAUUUCUGUCUGUGUCAGUCAUUGUUGCCAGAUGCUACAUAGAGUAUAUUCACACUAGAGCAGUUGUUGUACUGUAGUGUGUGCUGUUUUUUCCCCAAAGUGCUUGAAGGCAUUCUAACACAAAGCACCUUACAUUUUUAAAAUGUUCUUCAAAUUGUAAAAGUGCUAUUAACCCCCCCCACACACACACACAAACCCUUGCUGCAAAUGCAUCCUGCAAGCUGAGAUAAAAUAGAAAAACAAUGCAGCAUUUCCAUCUUCUUGUAGUCAUAGGAUCAUAAGAGCUGAGGUGGCCUUGUCAGGCUGGCUAGUCCAAACCUUGCUCCGUUUGGGAAGAUAGAGGAUCCCCGAGAGAUUUCUACCCAGCAAGUGCUUGAAGGCCUCCAGCAAGGAAGGGUCGCUGAAUUCUUGACUGGAAGGUUGCUGUACUAGUUCUGUUGCAGUAAAACCAUUGUGUGACACCCAAAAACUAACAUUCAUUAUUCAUCUGGAAAUUUAAUGUCACACUGUAUUGAACAUUGUCCAUGCAAGCAUUUCAGAAUGAUCACCCCUCUACCCCGGCUGUGUGUUGUUCUUGAGGUUCUUCUGACACCCUCCUGGGCCAGUUUUGUGGGGCAUGGGGGACAUUCCCUUGCACAUGGCUUCCAUGGACAGUGUUCAUUAAGUGACUCCUGCCCUAGUUAUUUCACCCUCAGCCUUGUUCAUGUUAAGACUUUCAGAGACCAGAGCAUCCUCAAAUCCCUGAUGGUUGAAGGCUAAGGGGAGUCCACAGGUUGCUCUCAGUGUUCCUCUGGGUCCUGUGGCAGAUAGGUAAAGGUAAAGGGACCACUGACCAUUAGGUCCAAUCACAGGCGACUCUGGGGUUGCGGCGCUCAUCUCGCUUUAUUGGCCGAGGGAGCUGCCGUACUGCUUCCGGGUCAUGUGGCCAGCAUGACUAAACUGCUUCUGGUGAAACCAGAGCAGUGCACGGAAAUGCCAUUUAUCUUCCCGCCAGAGCGGUACCUAUUUAUCUACUUGCACUUUGACGUGCUUUCAAACUGCUAGGUUGGCAGGAGCAGGGACUGAGCAACGGGAGCUCACCCCGUUGUGGGGAUUCGAACCACCGACCUUCUGAUCGGCAAGUCCUAGACUCUGUUGUUUAACCCACAGCACCACCCACAUCCCUGUGGCAGAUACCUCCUUGUAAAGGCAAACUGGAACUGGCUGGCUGCACCCACAGAUGGAUUCCUUAGUCCAUUGAUGGGUGAAAUCAUCAUACAGGGGUGGCAAGAAAUUUUCGUUCCCAUAUAACAACUUUCCAGUACGUGUUCAGUUGCAAUUAAGCAAUUUUUUUCGUCUCACCCGCAUUUUUGUAGCAGGGAUGGAUUUCAUUGUCAGAGAAUUCUAGGAUUGCUGUGAUUUGCUUUAAAAACAGGCCACUUGGUUGAAGAACUGCACUGGUCCUUUUUCUCUCCUUUUGCUUAUUUUGUAGCUACUCCGACACAUUGGAAUGGAUUGACACAGUGCUACUGAAAUACCUUUAUGGCAACACAAAGCUGACAAUAGUAGGAGUGCCUCAGCUGCAGCUACAAAGCUCCACCACAAGCCAAAUGAUGGAUCUAGGUGUUCACCUUUUUCUCUUGGGUGGUAAAUUGACAAAACAGGCAGUAAGAGAUUGUGUUUGGCCAAAAGAAGAAAACAAUGAACAAAGAAAGGAACGAAGUUGCUUUUUUAAAAUGUCAGACAGCGUUGAGACUUCAGAAGAGCUAACAUAGUCAGGCUUGGUUUAAUGGACACAUUUGACAAACAAUGAAAAGAGGAAAUUGGGAACAUUCGCCCUACAAAAAUGAAAGUGAGCUGGGAUGGGGGGGGGGGGGGAAAUGUAACCGGAAUCUGAGAGAAGCCCCAAGGUGACAUGUACAUUCAACCUGAAUUAGUGGGAGGGACUUUUGUGGGACUGCAAUAAGGUAACCCAGGGAUAGGCAACCUAAGGCCCAUGGGCCACAAGCAGCCCAUGGGGGCCGUUUAACUGGCCCACAAGCCGCCCCCGAACCGAGCCACCCGCUUGGUGAGUCCCCACACGCUGUGCUAAACCAGCGUAGCAUAGUGCAGGGACUCGCUUCCACGGCACCAAAAAUCGCAUCUGCGCAUGCGCAGACACUGGAAAUUGCAUCUGCACAGACCCCAGAAAUCACAGGCGCACGCACUUACGCUCACACGCAAUCCAGCCCAUGGAGGUAUCUCCGCUGGAGUGAACUGGCCCAGGCAAGGUAAACCUUGCCAACCCCUCAGGUAACCCCUAAACAUAUGCCAGAGGUUUUUAAAUGAGAAAUAGGGCGAAUAUAGGUUGGUUUACCAAUGUGGAGAGUGUGAGCGUGUACAAAAUCACUUGUAUAUAUUGAAAGGCAUAAUAUCUAGCAAGUGGCAUCUGAGAUUCUUUAAAAUAAUAAUUAAAAAGCUUUGCCUGUACAUUUUUCUGUGCCUCCUAGGACUUCCCCGGCCUGGAAUUGCAUCUCAGAUAUACCACUUCAGUACUGCCAGCCGCCCCUGUCCUCUGUGCCACUUGUCUGGGUCCAGAUCAGAAGCUCCUAGGGAUACAAAUAAAAACGCAUGCCCUGACGCAACUGAGCACACUUCUAUUAGGUAUGAAUUGAUGUGGGGAUGCUUACCUCUAGGUUUCUCCCUUGUAGCUCCUUCUUAUUUCUCUUCUGAGGACCCGGGGGAGCUCCUAGUUGACAUGCCUCAGCAGGAGACUCCCCCUCUAUGGUGUUAACCCUUCCCGUGUCUCCAGCAAAUGGGCUGGAGCCGGAUAGUCGAUAGGACCAAUGCCUAAGCCAAUGCCUCUCAUUCCUGAAUUCAAUAAAGUUGUGGCCUAAUUCGCCCAUUUAACCUUAAAAUUUGGUGUCUUGUGUCUUUAUUUAUCCUGGGGGGGGGGGGCGGGAACUCGCCACGCAACCCCUAUCAGCACAUGGCAGCUUUCAGUCUAUCUGUGCUGACGCCCAGACAGGCUGCCACAGGUUGAACCAGUUGUAUGAAUGACAAUGUCACAUGUGGAUGUCUCUGUGGAUUGGGCAGUCAUCAUCUAAGAGGAUUGAGGAGGAGGAGAGGCAGAGGGUGAAGAAAGAGCUGCGGGUGGAGGGUGUCCCCUUUCCCAUCCUUUGGACGCCUAGGGAAACAACAAAACCUGCUGGACCUGGACCUGGGUGUGGAGAGGGCAACUGAAUAGGACACAGCCUGAGGAUGUACUAUGCAUCUUGGGCCUGCCCAUGAAAAGCAAGUCGAGAGUGAGAGACUAGGGUAAUGCCCACUGUUUCCAGGAAUUCUUCUCACUGUGAGACUUUUGUGGGUGAGCUGAGUUUCUUGGACUGAGAACCUGGAGGCUGAGCGGGAGGGAGGGUGUGUGUGUGCGUCAGAAGGAAAAUGACUUGAUAUUGAUUUUUAUGUAUUUGCAACUUUGUAUUAAUGUAACAUUUUGAUAUGUAACUGUGUGUUUUUGCAAUCUUUUAAGUUGUCCGUUGUUGCUUCAGUUUCCUGUACACUGCUUAGAGACAUUCUUUAAUAUAUUAAGUGGUAUUGAAAUUAAAUAAUUAAUCAUCAGUUAUGACCAAAGCUUUGCUUGCAAAGGUAUGUUUAAAAAAAACACACCAUUACACUAACUUUGUCAUGUGGUCAGAUCAUUGCUUUAAAGUUUGACUAUACUUUAGCUUGGAUUGACUGUUUGUUCCAAGUGCAAGGAUGUGGUUGAGGAUGUUCCAAAGGGAAUUAGAAAAGGCUACAGGAAAAAAGAGGAGGUUUACAUUGCUCCCAAGGCAUUCUGACACGCUUAAAUUCAUGUUCCUUCAAUGUGGCUCUGUUGGCAGGUUUUGGAUCUGGGGUCAUGCAGGAUUUUACCAUGCGAAUGGUGGCUGCGCAAAGGAGCUUGGGAACACCUCUGCAGAAGCUCAGAGGAUAUUGCAGGACCUACAAGCAAGCAACUGGGUUCACAAAAGGCAAGCUGCCCAAGACUUUUGUUUUUGUUUGAAACUCAAGUCUUCCAGUAGAAACAAAAUCAGUUCCCUGUGGGGCUUUUGCUCUUGCUUUGCAAGGGAAGGAGGUUGUUAGCUUGUUCUCAGGACUCAAUUGAAAGCCGUGACACUUAGCCAGGUCUGAAACUGGAUCAAAUGUGUCAUGUGGACGUGUAAGUAAAGUGGACGUGGAUAUGUAGUAAAGUGGAUAUGUAGCAUGCCUGAUGUUACUGUUUAUACUGUCAUCUUUCCUUUGGGAUGGUGGCGGUCAGGGAAAAGGCACCUCUCCCUCUCAGUUUCCAGACCUUGUCUGUCAAAACCCUUCAGGGGAGGGGAAUCUAACCAGUUUUAUAUCGCCAUAUUCCAAAAUCCAAUCUCUACCUGUUAGCAAAAAAACUAUUUCUCUAUAGCUUGUUCCUCAACUUGAUAUUCAUAGAUCUCUCUCCUCUGCAUCCUUUUCAUGACAGGACUAAAGCUCUGCUUGUCGAGUUCACUCAGUACAAUGCUGAUGUCAAUCUGCAUGUGACUGUGAUGCUCCUGUUUGAGUUUCCGUCAGACAGGCCGGCAACUGCUUCAGUGUCCAUAUUCCCCUUCCCAAUGUUAAAGUCAGGUGACAAUGUGGACCUUCGCCUUGUCAUGAUGGUAGGUAUCCUGCAUUGAAAAGCGCACUCUGGGGCUACUUCAUAGCGCAAGGGAACUCAGUAGGCAGUGUGGCGUGGCAAAAGUACAUACACAUCACAUCUUCCUCUCCUGUGGGCUUGGGGUCGCUAUUUAUUUAUUUUAAUAUAUUUAUUACAUUUAUAUUAUCUCCUUCCUUCAGGGAGGUCGGGGCAGUCAACUAGGUUUCCUCCUCCCACAAUGACCCUGUGAGGUAGGUUAGGUUGAGAGAGAUCACUUAGUGAGCUUUACAGCUGAGCAAUGAUUUGAACUUAAAUCUCCCCAAUCCUAGUAUAUCACAUUGACUACUAUGUCACACAUACUCAUAGAACCGGGCCUUCAAUGCCUUCCAAACUAGUGUUUCCCAAACUUGGGUCCCCAGCUGUUUUUGGACUACAACUCCCAUCAUCCCUAGCUAGCAGGACCAGUGGUCAGGGGUGGUGGGAAUUGUAGUCCAAAACGGCUGGAGCUCCAGGUUUGGGAAACUGUUCUAAACAAAUACCUAAUAUAUUCUAUAGGUGUCCUACAAAUCAUACCUGACUGACACCAACCUUCUCUUUAAGAUGGCAAAAAAUUGGAUUCCUCAGUCACUUUAGGCAUAAAAAAGGAUCUCAGAAGAAGAUAAAAAUCUUAUGGGUAGGCUCAUAUGGGAGGAGGUGGUAUCUCAGAUAGCCUGGCACUAACCUUGUUAGGAUUCAAAGUACCUCGGGUUAAGAACUUAAUUCGUUCUGGAGGUCUGAUCUUAACCUGAAACUGUUCUUAACCUGAAGCACCACUUUAGCUAAUGGGGCCUCCUGCUGCCGCCAUGCGAUUUCUGUUCUCAUCCUGAAGCAAAGUUCUUAACCUGAAGCACUAUUUCUGGGUUAGCGGAGUCUGUAACCUGAAGCGUAUGUAACCUGAAGCAUAUGUAACCCGAGGUACCAAUGUAUUACUAUACUGGAUCCAGUCACUUUGGGCCAUGACAGCAACUUCCGGCUUAUCUGGAGGCAAGGAAUCCAACAAUUUAGAAAAAAACAAAAACCUGUGGCUUUUCCUUCUCUGCUGCAGAUAUGCCUGCUUCUCUUCAGUGGAGCUUUUGUCCUACCAAAGCUGUCCUUCACACCUCCGGAAAAGGCGCCAUGCCUGUGGCAGAACUACAGUCGCUUCCGGCUGCUCCUGGCCCUGAUUUCCAUCACUGUUGCUGCCUUGCACUUUACCAACAACCGUUUAGCAAAGGCACGCUUGCUGCAUUCCCAGAAGCACCGUCAGGCUUUCACCAGCUUUUACGAAGUGGCUGUGCUGGCUCGCAUAGAAGCCAUCCUCUGCGCCCUGCUGUUGACGAUCACCAUGCUGAAGGUGAGGAAGAGCAGAGGGGGAACAGAAAUCUUCCCAAGGCCAUCUCCAUCCGGCACACACAUGAAUGCAUACCCUCCAACAUUUUUUUCCCCCAAAUCAGGAUGUCAGGAGGGGCUCUGGUGCUUGUCAGCAGGGUCGUGCCAGAGCUGACUUGUACCAGAGCUAGCAUCUUUUGGUCCGGCACUCUGAACUUGCACCAGAGGGCCAGGCCAAUAACAGGACAUUCUGGGAUCCAAACAGAAGCUGGGAUUGGCUUGUAUGCAUUCCUCCAUUGCACACGAUGACUUGGAACACAAUCCCCACACAAAUGGGGGUUGCCUGUAUAUUUUUUGCUUGUUUUAUGUAUCUUAUAUUAUUAUUAUCAUUAAUAAAUGAUAAUAAUAUCAAUAAAAUACUUUUUUAGGCGGAAGUCAGGCAGAAAACACCAUAAAACAGCCAGCCAACCUAAAGUUAGUUUAGUUUGGAAUGAAAUGUUCUUUGGGAGGAAGCCAAUAGAUAUUCUAGGGCAGGCUGUUCCAUGGCUGAGAUGUGACAAUAGAGAAACCCAGUUAUGUGUUCCCAUUAACCAAAAGUCAAAGGUUAAUGACCAGCACUUUGAACAUAGCCUGGAAAUGAACCAGAAUUUGGUGAAGCUGGUGAAGAAGAUGAUCUUUAUGACGUGACUGUCCUCUUUAUUUCUCCCAGAGUUUAGAGACAGUGUGCAUAUACACAAACCGUUAAUAGCAAUCUAAGGCAACAACACACUGUUCUAUCAGACCUGCUACUGUAAAACUAAAUACAACCAAUUUCUUUAUUUCUAAAUAUGUGGGAGGGACCCCCCCCAAACUGGUUUUAAUAUGGGGAUUAAGCUGUCCCUGCUUAUUGAGAAUUGAAUCUGCUCGUUCACUACAUAGCUCCACUUUGGGUUCUGUUUCCUCAUAAUGCGAAAUGGAAAGUUGGGAGUUGGCUUUAUAUAGAUAGACGAAAUGGUUAAUUUUCUCCCCCAAACCAGACAGACUGGUUGGCAACUCUGGCUGCAGUCCUGUAAUGUAGAGCCUAAUGUUGUCCCUUUUUAAGUCAGCAGGACAAUCCCAGAAAUAACUAUUUCCAGGCUGGUAGCCAGGAAAAUUGCGAGGUACUUAAAAGAUUUCAGAUACAGAUCAACACAAAUUAGCACAUAACAAUUUAUAGGCAUGGAUGCCUCCCUGCAAGCAAAGUAAAAAUAUUGUUAAUUAAUAAAUAAAUAAAACAGGGAAAGGGAAAAGGAGAUAUAAAACUCACUGCAGAGAGCUGAGAAUUGGGCCCCAGAGGCCACCCACAAACGGUGCCACUGAUUGCAGCCUUUGUUUGAAUUUCGACACCUGAGCAAGCAUGACCAUGUAUUUUCCCUUCACUGUGACACAUCCUUCUCUCCUCUUGGCCACAACCACUUGGUUAACAAUUUCAGAAUACAUCUUCCAUCUCUUAUAAAAGAGAAGAUUUAUUAAAAUGGUCCCCUUCGUGCAUAGCAAAAUGUCUGUUUUGGAAAGCACCGAGCCAGAUCUAUUAACAAUCACAAUGAUGCAUAGGUUCUUGUUAACAUGCCUCUUAAAUGAUGCUGUAAUGACCUUAUAAUUGUCAUUGAAGCUGCUACCGAGGGAUAAUCUUGGUGCCAUUCCUUUCCAUGUGCUGCCUAAUGAAUCUGCACAGGGAGACCCAUCUGCUCCAUCCAAGCUUGGAUGUAUUCGAAUUAGAGCUUUGUUGCUGCCUCUUGUUUCCUUAAUGAACAAUGAAGGAACACACAGAGCAGAUAAAUAAAGGCUGCCCAAAGCUUCGGCUGUGAAGUCAGCAGGAAAGACAGCAGGGGAGCUGAGAAUUUCCGUGGGUGGGAAUUUCCAACAAACAGUAUUGCUGUUUGUCCAAAAGAAGCCUUUAUGUCCUUAAAUUGAAGCAGCCAACUUCCUUAGGCCCUUCACAUAGACAAGAAACUCAGGUGGCUGUACCCACAAUAUUUUCACUCCUAUCACUGAUGUGACACUCAGCAUUUAUAUUCCAAACCAACAGCCAGGCCUUAUUAGCUAAAACGGCUUCUCUAGUUUUGAGAAUCUUCCCUUUGAGGUUCUCAUUUAUUGGACUGUGACACCAAGCAUUAGAGCUGCUUCCCUUGACCGAUGCUUAUGGUUGUGAUGAUGGCUGCUGUUUGUUAUCUUGAUGUAGCCUUGCAAUAAUAUUCCUUGGCUCUCUUCCUGUGAUAAGGGAACAGAGAAAGUGUUCUCAACAGCUUCUUCCCUUCAAAGAGGCAAGUCUCUGAACUAGCUUCUUCUUCUUUUUCUUUCUAGAUGGUGCAACAGCUGCGCUUUGUCCGGAAAUGGUCUGUGUUUGGGAAAACCCUCCAGCAUGCCUUGAGGGAGCUAGUGGCUAUCAAACUCAUCUUCCUCUUCUUCCUUCUCAUCUGUGCCAAGUGUGGCUGUUUAGUAGGUUAUAAAAAGAAUGGGGUGAGGGAGAAUGAGAAUGAGAAGUCGGUGCAUGGGGAAAUGAUGCAUGCUAUUCUAAGGUUUCUCCUGCCCACCCCAAAAUAGGGGGAGGAGGGGAAACACUGAUCCUACCAUAUAUAUUCUCCACAACCUUUUUCUUUUCUUCUUCAUUGUUCAGGCCUUCUCUUCAACUGUGGAAGAGUUCAGGACACUCCCUUGUGCCUUUUCAGCUCUGCUUUCCACUCUCUGUGGGAAGAUCACUUUCCUCCAGUCUUUGAUGCAAGUUUCCCCUAUCCUGGGGACAACAUACAUCCUAAGCUUUGGAGCUGGCGUGCUCUGGAUGGUGCAGAGCUUCCUUUGUGCCUCUGUCCUUAACAGUUACCGUACUGUCCAUUCUGAGAUCUACCAUCCAGCUAUUGAGCCUCAGGAUUACGAGAUGAUUGAGUUUUUGGUGAAAAGGUUGAAGCUGUGGCUAGGACUCAGCAAAACCAAAGAGGUAAGCGAGAUAAAACACCCAAAGCAAUAGAGGUGGUGGGUGGGGAGAAAAGAAAGAAAAAGGGAAUGGGGAAUACAGCACUCUUCCGCACAGUCCUGUCUCAAGGGGAAGAGAUGGAAAGUGAGAAUGUGGCUGCUCUGUGGUGCUAUUCUAUGCUUGCUCUAUCACCACAUGAUGUGGUGGUAACUUGCAAUACAAGCCACAUGAAGGCAGCUUCACAGGGUUGAACUAUUAAUGCAUAGCAGCUUCCCAGCUGUAAACAGCUGUUUACAUAAAUGUGAUGACCAUCUGAAUGUCUCUUUUGUAUGAGCUGUUCUCCUCUAAAUAGACUUGAGUAUGAUAACUCUGUAAGCUUGAUUUCAGAAUCAGUUUUGAGAGACCUUUCUCUAUACCUCACACCACAAUCUAUAUAAAGAAUGGCAGCCUAGCUUGUCCCCAUGAUGGCUGAAUUAGUUUUCCCAGACAACAGGAAAGAGAGUUUGCAACAGAUUUUGACCUCUUUGCCUUUCAGUUUCGCCACAAGGUGAAAUUUGAAGGGAUGGACUCCCUGAUUUCCCACUCUUCUGGAAACUCCAAACCUUCUCGCCUUCCUUCUCCGGGCACCAACUUUCACUGUGCUACUGCAACCAUUUCUUCCUUCAGCUCUGAAGAGCUGGUGCUUCCCGAGAGCCCCAUCCCUGAUCCUUGCAAUGUAGACUUUUACCUGGAGCACCUGCCAUCUGCAGUCAAUGAUCUCCUGGACGGCUUUGACAGGGUCCUAAAGCUGAUGGAGGAUGUGUGCCAUCUUGAGACCAGCUUAGAGGAGACUCAGAGGAGAAUUUGCAAGAAGAAGAAGGGGCAGAAAAGCCAUCCCAUGGAAAAGGUAGCAACACUCGCCUCAAGAACCAGCUUAGGGCUGCCAAGAACUUACAGCACCUUCUCAGAGUCUGCCUUAGCCAGGCUCAGAGUUCACCAUGUCAGGAUUUCCAGCUGCAGUGCCACUGAAGGGGGCAAGCAGCACCCAGCGGAUACCGUAUCUCAGCAAAGCUCAACAGGAUACAAGGUUCUGGUGGGCAACCCUCCAGCUUCAGGCUUCCGAAGCACUCUUCCCUGGCCGGCCCAUUUGUUCAAAAAGAGACCCAGGAGUGAGGAAGGGCAGGGAUAUCCAUGUUGCGACGUGCUUCAGAGACAGAUCCCUUUAAAGAGGAGAGCGUGGCAGACCGAAGGAACAGGUGACAUGUAG